AUGUUUGUGUCAGCUCUCUUUCUCACAGGAAGCCUGGGGAAAGAGGCUGAGGUCAGUAUUACACAUGGUAAAUCAUGCAAUUCAAAGCUAUAGGAGAGUGUACCAUGAGAUGUGAAUAAUGAAAUGAUUAAAUAAACAGCACCUUAUUAUAAAACACAGGCUUGUCUUUCAUCCUAGAUCAAGCAACUGAUUCCUCUGAGCCCUGCGUGUGUAUGUGAAAUUAUCAAAAGCUUAGCAUCGACUGAUUUUACAAACCUUGAUGCACAAACAGACAGAAUCUUUCGGUCUGCAAAGGAGCGUCAGGCAGUGAGGAAAAAUGAAAAAUUCAGAGCUGAGGCAGCAAAUGAACAUCAACAGCUUGGAGGGUUGACAGAGGCAGUGAGGGCUGAAACAAAAGAUCAAUCAGGAAAUCAAGAGCUUUGUCGUCAGGUUUUUGUUCAUGAUGAAUGGCUUCAUAGCAGUAAUGUGCUAAAUUCCUCUUUCUCUUCACAAACCUCUUCAUUCUCUCUUUCAACACCAGUUUUACAUCUAGUUGAUCUUUGAAAGACAACUUCAUUUAAAAAGGUUGGGACUCUGGACAGGCACGAUGUGAGCGUUUGACUAAGUUUGUAUUUCAUCAUAUUUUGCUCUCCCCUUGCAUAAAUUUGUUCCUCAAACAUUAUUUAAAGGGCAAUGCUCAAGUUUUACUAGCAGCAGGAUCCAGAGGUGAAAUGUAAUCGAACAAAAGUCGAAAUUACCCCCAACAGAAAGACCAUCUGGGACCCCUGUGCUGUUUUGCGUGUAUACGUAAUCUGUGUAUUCAUAGAAACUGUCCAGGUCCUCUAAAAACACAAUUGAAGAAUAGCAGUUGGGUGUUUUUUUUUUGGUAAACUUAAUCAUGUUUUUAUUUUUUAUUUUAAUUCCUGGCAUCAAUUAAACAAUCCUUUUUAAAAAGCGUGAACACUUUUUAUGUAAGUCCUAUAAAGGUCAGGUGAUGCCAAGACGUUACACCGUAAAUACCCUAAAAGCGCUGACUUAAGUACCAUAUGUAUACAGUCUAUGGUACGAACUAACCUGCCCACACACUAGAGUUUUAAACUGCCAUAGAAACAAAACUGAAAACCUUUUUAUUUUUUCUAAGAUACAUUUUAUUAUCAUGACAAUACCCAUGAAAUGACCAUUAGAAUAACCUGCUAAUUUGUGGGUAUAAAGUCUGUAAAUCAUCUGAUGAUGACCUCUCAUGGUGGAGGAAGAUGGUGGCUGAUUUAAUAGUGGCUGAACACUAGAUGGCACCAGAGUAACGCUACAGCAAACCUGGCUCUGAUCGAGUAACUGAUUGGAAGUGUACACACAUUUGUUUUUGCAUUAUUGUCCCUCCACUUUUUUUUUGUAACAAGGCAUCAAAAUGAAAUAUAUCUAACAAACAAUUAACUUUUAUGAUAUAGGCUGUUACUGUUUGGGAAGUAUCAGAUUGGAUGGAAUAAGAAAUACAGGGACAGACAGUUGAUCAACUGCUAGGUUUAUUUUAAGGAAUCACUCACAAUCAUAAGAGUAAUUUCUCAUGUGAGAAACACAGGACCAACUUAUUGGUUAGUGACAACAGCACAUAGUGUCCUGUUACACGUAUCAUGAUUAAAGUGAUCUUUUCGUGUGCUACUGGCUUUAGAUAUAACCAUUGAAAAAAAGAUGCCAAAGUCUCAAGUAAAAGAAGCACAGACAAAAGAAAAUAUACUUCAAUUAGAUGCCAAGAAAACUACAAACAGCCUUUGUUACAAAUGUAGACUGUAUAUACUAUGGACAACUUGGCUCUGCCUUCCGUCAUACGAAUUUGAAACCGGAUCGCUCUCUGUAUUUCUGGGAUUUUCUCUACUUCCUGGAACCACCACUUGCGCAGUAAUGUUGUAUGCACUCCUCCAUUUGCACUGUAGCAUUCGGCGGGAGAGUCCCCGUGAUGACGCUCGGCUCAAACAGGGUAUCCCCCAGGUGAGCUACACAAUCUUUGUACACCCAUAGGCUGUAUCAAGUGUCCAUCAUAGAAAACAUGAACCCCCUAAUAACUUUUAAAAACGGAGCUGCACAGAAAAAAGAGGACUUGAGCACAAACCAGUCUUACUGUAACUACAUGUCAACAUCGCAAGCAGGGGGGAGAAAAAUUUAUAAUCUGUGUAAUUAAUUUCUAAAGUUUGUCCACAGCUCCAUAGGGAUUGCUGGAGGAGGCGGGAUUUAUGACCUAUACUGCAGCCCGUCACCAGAGGGUGCUGUUCUUGCAGUGGCUUCACCCAGUGAGGAGGCAGACAGUGUCCAUUCUAUAUACAGUCUAUGGUUACAAACAGUAGAUCUUAACAUAAGCCAAUGAGAUUUUUAUGGUAGAGCUGUAGCCACCCCUGGCCACCUCUUUCGUUUGCCCCUAAAUGACGAUUUUACUGCUCAAAUCUCAACCAUCUCUCCUUUGUGUUGAAGAUUAUACUUCUUUAAUAAUGCAUAUAUUUACUUAAACACCACAGUUUAGAUCUCUGUUCUGUCAGGGUUGUAAAAUACUCUUAUCUUACCAUAAAAUCAUUAUUGUAAUGUUUAAUUAUUCUGAGUUGUGUUUUUUUUUUUCCUCGCACAGAAGAUGUCUUCAGUCAUGUCCUUUGACAGUUUGUCACAUUUAAUCUAAAUGUUGGAGGCUGAGCUGAGAUGGGCUCAAAUAUUAAUAAUGUUUUAAUGCAGAAGGCUUUACGACCAGACGGUGUUUCUGGUCCAUACCCAAAACCAUUUUGCACAUAUUUUUGGCUGUUCCUAGAGGAUUGUAUCCCUCAACAGAAAAUAGAGGGGGGAAAUGUCUAUUUUGAUCAGAUUUUCUUAAAGGUUACACGGAGUUGCAGCGCUGAAACUGGAAGGCUUUAAUUAGGUGGAUAGUUUUGUCUUAAUUACAGCACAUUGCAUCCUCUUGUUAUUUGUGACAAAGGGGAUUACAGCAGGCCUCUUAACUUUGCGCAUGCCCAGUCUGGAGCAAUCCUUUGCCUUCAACUCCCCUCCACCACCACCCCCCAACCCCCACGCGCAGCCUCCUCUCGCUGUUGCGUUUAAGAACCACUGUCAUUUACUAAGAGUGUUAGUGACUUCCUGUUUAUACCUUCAAAAUAAAAGGUAUAAAUAUUUCCCCCAGUUCUGGGGUAAGCCUCCAAACCCUGUUACAGAUAUCAAUAUUGUCGUCUUCCAAUUAGUCGAGUUUUACAAUUAAAAUGGACUCAACAAAAUCUUUGGUUCGAUUGUAACUGUGUGUUGAAGAAAAUAUAUUUUUGUGACCAAAUGCAAUAAGCCAAACAAGCUCAUCUUGUUUCCCACAGAGAAAGACUUUUAUUUUGAAAGCAAGAGGACAGAUUUUCCUGUCCCCCCGACGUUUUCUCCACGUGGACUUGACGCAGCUGGCUCGGGUGAGGAGAGGAGAGAGGAGAGAGCAGCUCCGUCAGCGGACCAGGCAGGGAGAGCGUGCUGAGGAUUCCCAGCAGCCCCAGGAGAGUGAGAGCCGGACCGGCUGGACCCCCGGAGGAGGACCCGAGAGAGAACCACGUUGCCACGGGAGAGGCCUCAGUUCAGGUAACCGUGGCUAAACGUCAAACCGGUUCACACUGCUUUUCCCCGGGCAGGCAGGUGCUUUCAGCGGGCUGCAGGAGAUGGAGAGGCGGCGGUCGGUUAGCCGCACGAAGCGGCUUGUUAAAUCUCAGGAGAUCCAAGAUCCUAUUACUUAGUUGCUGUAGCCGUCUGAUUUCUACGGCCUCUGUGUGCGGGCUGACGGAGCUGAUAGCGAGGUGAGGGUGGAGGUUAAGGAAAUAUUUAUCAAACCACUAUGUUACUCUGGUGUAAAAUGGGCUAUACUGUGAAGUUUGCGCAAAAAUAGCGUCAUAUAUCCGAUAUCAUAGCCGCUGUUACUGCCCUGCUGCCUCUGUUUGUACGCCGCAGAGCUUGUUUACAUAUUUAUUGGAAAGCACUUUCAUUUAUUCGCUCUGUUGAUGAUCUUAAUCUUCUCAUUUUUUGACAUUUCUUUAAUCAUUUCAAAGCACAUCAAGCCACAGUUGCCUUUUUAGUCUAUAUGGAAGCCAUAUCCGAAAAUAACAACAUCAGUGGGGCAUUUAGGAGCACCAGUAUCUGCAUGCUCAUACUUUUAUAACACUCAAUGAAAGAGUAAUAUUGGUCAUAAAAAUGUUCCUGUUGAAAGGCUGAGGGUUUGGUAAGUUUUGUUGUCUGCCAGGACUUGUUAGUGUGCUCUUAAGUCAUGUUGUCUUCUUCUGUCUGAUGCUGUGGAGCCUGUUUUCCUCCGCAUCAGGAGCAAUGAAUUAAUAAUCUCAGGAAUGUGUUGUUCUGCAGAGCACCAAGAGAGGAAUGAGUGUACAUUAAUAGUCUAUGCCCAUGUGUAAGCUUGAGUUUAGGCUUCACGCCAGGUAUAAUGUUCUGAAAAGUGGAGUCUAGAGACUCCUGGCAGGGGAAUCUACAGGGUCUAAAAUCAAUACAAAUUACCAACAGUUGCUGAUUUAAUAGCAGAUUUUAUCCUCGCUGCUGUUACCUUAACACAUACACUGUUAAAGUAUAUGCAGUCCAAUUUAGUGCGAAAUCAAAGUCAGUCAUUUUGGCACAAAUUCUGAUCGAAAGGGCUCCAUUUGUGGAUCGUUUCUUGAAAAUUUGAUCUGCAUCUUUAAUUUCUUCAUCAAAUUAUGCCAAAAUUUUGCACUAAAAUGUUAAUGUAGUUCUGUUGUCUUGCAUGGUUCCAGUAACAAGUGCACAGCCGCUUCGCUUUUCUUUUUUUUCUUCUCAUAAAAAAUAAAGUCGCUCUGUCUUUAAACCUGUACUGAAAAUGUUUGAUAUUUUUUUUGCAAGAACUGUGUCAUUAUAGGUAACGGGGCACUUCGAUGUACAGAACAUUUAGUGGUUAACAGGGAAUAAAGUGAGUUGCGAGCACAGAGAAGUGACUUGCAGUGCAAGUGUCGUAUGUCAUGGCCAAGCCUACAGUAGCUGGCAGCAGGAGAAGAUACUGCAGAGAGGAGAUCACGAUGCUGGGAGGAGGAUGGGAGGCUGGGAUAGCCCUCCUCCCUGAUGCAGGAGGCUGAGGGGGGGUUGUGGGGGCGGAUGAGGGAUGGUCUGGUGCACCCCUCCCUUCCUUUUUCCUCCCCUCACUCUCUCUCUUUUCUUUCUCUCUCUCUCCUCCUCCCUGGUAUACUGGUGCAUUACUGCCCACUGUUCACUUCUCGGAGUGUAAUCAGUCUGUCAGCAGAAGCAGACUCAAUCAGUCACUCCACCCUCCACCACCACCACCAACACAAGCUCCCCUGAACACACUCCACCCUGAUCUCUGACCAGAACUUUGCCAGAAUCUGCUGCUGCUGCCCGCUGUGUACCGUAAUGAGGUGAUACAGCCUAGAGAGCAGUUAUAAUCAUGAUAUCUAAUCAGAGGAAGAAGUAAUGUUUUCCUCGACAGCAAAUCACCCAGUGCUCUUUUAGGAACCGCUGUUACCUCACUCUCUAGCAAUCAUUACAACCUUUUAUUUACAUCAUUUUCAAGUUUAAUGAAACAUAACCACCAGAUUUUCCUCCUGUUUCUAAGCAUGAGUUGUAAGCAUGAGUUGAAUCAUGUAUGCAUGCUCUACAUCUGUACUGAAACGGUCCCUCAAGAGAAACUAACUCGCCUAGAGUCACUAGCAACAACACAGCAAGAUCCCAACCGUAAUAAAACAGUUGAAGUAACAGGCUGUCCUUUUUAUGGCUGUGAGAGUGAGGAGAAAAUUGUUUUAGGUGCAGGCUGGCUCGCCAUUAUCCUCUGAUGAUUCUGCCUCCAUAGAUAUAGGGGUAAGUAGAUUUGGCUGUUUUUCUGUUCAGUUGAUUGGACUAAAGGAGGGAGUGCUGCCUGGUCUCCUUCAGUGCUGGAACACAGGAGCUGUCCGUGGUGCUGCUCAGCUUGUUGCUCUUUGCUGCUAAGAAAAAUGCUCUGUCCGUGGUGUUGAAAAAGAAGCUCAGGGUUGAUGCUGAAAACUUUUAUCUCCUGAGAGCCCUGGUUCUGCUUUUCUGCUGCUCCUGGCUGUACUUACAUGUUCAGCUUGUCAGGUCAGUUUUACAAAGAUAUCUUGGACAGGUUUGUAGUGUGAGGACAGGGGAUGCAACAAUACAUUUGACCAUGUGAGUUUUUCUCAUAUUCCAUUUUUUGGGCAUUUUGGCAGUUUUCCUGUUAGACAUCCUUGUGUCCUUCUGGUAAAUAACAAAUUAACAAAUGUACAAAAUUUGGAUAUUUACUUGCAGUAGGAGUUUUCUUAACUCAGCACAUGGACUUGCACACAUGCACACACAAAUAACUAGUACAGAAAGAUGAAUAAUGCAAGCAAGGCAAUCAAUCAAUCAAUCAAUCAAUCAAUCAAUCAAUCAAUCAAUCAAUCAAUCAAUCAAUCAGUCUUUAUUUACAAAACCCAAUUCCAUUGAAGUUGGGAAAUUGUAAUAAACGUAAAUAAAAACAGAAUACAAUGAUUUGCAAAUCCUUUUAACCUAUAUUCAAUUGAAUGCACUACAAAGACAAGAUAUCUAAUGUUCAAACUGAUAAACUUUAUUUUUUUGCAAAUAAUAAUUAACUCAGAAUUUCAUGGCAGCAACACAUGCCAAAGUAGUUGGCACAGGGGCAUGUUGAUAUUAUUAUGAUGAUAUUAUGGACCGUAGAUGUUGAAAUCCCUAAAUUUCUUGCAAUUGUACUUUGAGAAACGUUGUUCUUAAACUGUUCGCCUAUUUGCUCACGUAGUGGUUCACAAAGUGUUGAACCUCGCCCCAUCCUUGCUUGAGAAUUUUUGGGGAAGCUGCUUUUAUACCCAAUCAUGGCACCCACUGUUCCUAAUUAGCCUGCUCACCUGUGGGAAGUUCCAAAAAGGUGUUUGAUGAACAUUCCUCCAAUUUCUCAGUAUUUUUUGCCACCUUUCCCAACUUCUCUGUCACGUAUUGCUGCCAUCAAAUUCUGAAGUUAAUGAUUAUUUGCAAAAAAAAAAUAAAGUUUAUCAGUUUAAACAUUAAAUAUGUUGUCUUUGUAGUAUAUUCAAUUGAAUAUUGGUUGAAAAGGAUUUGCAAAUCAUUGUAUUCCAUUUUUAUUUACGAUUUACACAUCUUCCCAACUUCGUCGGAAUUGGGUUUUGUAUAUAGCACUUCUCAUACACGACCAUGUACAAAGAAUACCCAAGAAUACCCCAGCCCAACCCCUCAUUCCCACGCCACAAUCUAAAUGCAACAGAAACAGUAUUAACACACAUAAACUUAAAAGGGUUUGAUUUCGUUGAAACAGGAAUGUGCGCACUGAGGAAACGUCAUUUUAAAACUCAAGAUUAGGAAACACUUGAGGUUUAGGUUAAAAUCUAAAAACAAAGAAACAGAUAGAAAUUUAAGAAAUAAUAAAUAAAAUGAAAUAAAAACAACAGUAAAAGAUACUAAAAUAAGAGCACCAAAAUAGCUCAAUAAAAGACGAUCCUGUCAUUAAAACUAGAAAGAGAUAAAUGCUGAAACACUUAAACAAGGUAAUGAUAUAAAAUUUAGUUAAAAGCACGCACUGAAAAAGGUAUGUUUUCAGUUUACUUCUAAAAUCCUUGAUUGAAGCAAAAUUAAAACUUCUCAAUAACUUAUACUUUCCAGCGUGGGGAUGCACUGAAGUGAUGUGUGACUACACAUUUGCAGAGUCAGAACCACUAGCUACGAACUACAUGCUUGCGUUGCUCUGGUCAAGUUGUGACACGCAAGAUUAACCAGACACAGACUCUAUACAACUUCAUCUCUAUUUUUUUAAGAUAAUGCCAAACUGCACUGCUGCACUUGUUUUCACCAGGUAGUCGAGCAUUUUGGCAGCUCUAUAAGGCUUUAACUUUUGCUAGUGACUUGUGACACAACAGUUACCCUCAUGAGUUUCAGAGCACAAACGCUAAAGGCUUGCAUCAUAUUUGACAUGAUCGGCAUUAAGGACAAAUUUCAGACCACAAAUCAGCUAAAUCCAGGAUCACAGAGUCUGCAGGUUUCCUAAGUGUGGCUAACACUUGUAGAGCUAGCACCACCAGUCUUUGGUCUGUAUGCAUGUGCUGAUUAUGCUUUGCCCAGGUUGAGUGGCUAUAUAGCAGAUUAACCAGACACACACUACACAACUACAUUAUGGCAGUAUAGAAACAACACUACAACUCAAACACAUAACAUAUGAUUGGUAUCUCAGGCCAUCACUUAUAAUAUUAGUUAUUCAGAUGACUGAUUUCUGAUUUUAUCUUUAGAGUGAAGGAGAAGUUUUGGUUCUGAAGAAUUGAGAUACAGAACAUCAUAUAUGCGACAGACAAAGCAAGCUUGUUUAUAAUUGAGGAUUUGGACAUCAUAGUCACUCAUUAGUGUGGCUCUGUGGGCUCACAUGGAGCUGGUUCAAUUUUCUGGAGAACAAUAAUUCAGCCAGCCAUGUUUUUUGGCAUGGAUAAAGCCACAUUUGGCCGUAUUUCAGUAGAGAUGAUGUCUCCUGAGGCUCCUUCUUAGCCUGCAGUAGUGCCUGAUUCCAACUGCGGAGCCCCGCUUGGUUACAGGUUCUUCUUGUUCUUCUUUGUAUCUUUACAUCCACAUGACACUACCUGUUGCAGCUGCACACGCAUCCUUACUGUCACAUCACCCCUGUAAGCAUCUGGUAUUGAGAUAGAACAGCGCUUGUUAGCCUCACAUCACUUUGGAAGUGGUAUUUUUUUCAAAUUCUGCCAUUGCGGUGUUAAAACACCUGAGGUACCUCUGCCGGUGUACUGUAAAAGACUGUAUAACCCAGGUAAAAAUAAAUGAACAUUGACACGUACUGAUCAAUACCACCUCCUGCUCAGAGAGGCUAGUGCAGCAAAAUAAAGCAAAGGCAGUUUUUGUAUCUACAUUAAAUUCUGCUUUUUCUUUUGGUUUCCUCUUCAAUUACAGCGAAGAUCACAGACUGGACUGGGCUGGGAAUGGUUUGUUAGCGCGGCUUUAGCCUCUUCUUCAGAGUCUCUCACUUCACAAGAUGUCAGCCUUGUAAUACUUUUCAGUAAACAACGGGUGAAACACUGAGGACGAGCUUUCAGAGUCAGAAAUGAGCUGAGAGAGCAAGCAUUAUGAAUUAUUUGUCAUCUUGGAUCAACACUUGUAGCUGAUGAUUAAUACACAUUACUCUUUGCACUGUAUCACUCGCUGUAUUAUUUGGGCUGCAGUGUUCCUGCUUGUUAGUGGGGCUGUGUCUGCUGCUCCUUAGAGUAUUGAUCAUUGAUUGAUCGGCUUUCUCUUCACCUCUCUCUGCUGCAGGAGCUGUCGUUUCUGAAUCAUGGCUCUUUUGUUUCAGGGCGGGCUGCAUCAUCCGUCAGUCCUAAAUAAUUUCAUCCUCAGUCAGCAGACAUCUUCCACUUCUGCACAAUUCUCCUAAAUUGUCAGCUGUAUUUUAACCAGUUUUACCUUUCGCUCAAACAAAACCAAGGACAUACAAACCUUUAAUGCACUGCUGUCAUUCUCCAUCCUUGAACCUGUUUGGUUUUAGCGUGAAGAAGUCCACAAAGUCCUUACACAACCCGAAAAAAGGAGAACAGGUUUUAGCAAGUAUACAUUUAAUGGUUCUUGAGCAGCCAAGAACUGUUUUCUGGUAUCUUCUGCUGCCAGAGAGAAAGAGUCCUGUCUAUAGAGAAUUGAGAUUUAAUCUGUAGUUUAAUUUAUUUAUAUUCCUUUUGAGCUAACUGUAUUUAUUUCUGGAUUACCUCAGGGUUUGUUGGGUAGACCGUGAGGUUUUUACUGUACCCACUCUCACAGCGGCUAGAGGACCAACACGGUGCAAUAUAUGUUUAUAUCAGUGCAUAGCAAAGCUGUCUGCAUGUUAUUUACAUAUAUGUUGUGUUAAGAAAACCUUUUAUGAAGCAAGUGUGCAGCCGCCACAGUGCUGUGUUUGCCUGGUUCUGAAGAAGCCCGUAACAAUGAUUUUAAUGCAGAAGUUAUUUCUAUGGGUUUAACUUUUGCAAAGUAAAUCUGACGCUGUGCCCCUCCCUCCCCUCACUCGCACCCUAACCCUGAAUUUCCUCGCAUCUGGAAUGGCUCCGAUCCGCCAAUUCAUACCGGACCCGUUUGUGAGGCGAAUUUCGUGGCAGGUUAUGGACAGCGGGAAUCGCGAGAACUCACAAGAACCUGAGGAUUCAUGCGCAAUCGUGCGAUCAUGACUUGUCUCUAUAAAGACAGCCACAUAACCAUAUAAGCAGUAGAUUGUGUCCUUCCAGAGGAGGAUAUCCACUUCUAGACUUCUAGAAUCAGCGUCUCCAUGGUGUCAUCAGGGUGAAAUGCUGUUUAAAACCUUUCACUUGUUCGUCCCUGCCCGUUGUGCAUGGUGUGAAAUACGAUCUGCUUGAAACACGGAGUGUUUUAUUUUGAAAAGUGGCCGGAAGUUUUAUUUUGUGUCUGUGCCUGACUUCCUUUCCAGCACAGACUAAUCUGUGCUGAAUUCAUACGGCAUCCGGAAAAAGUAGAACUCUUGCAAUCAGUUGUGGAGUUCGGCGAUCUAUAGCGGAACGAAAAGAAGCCGGUGGAAAUUGACACGUUAACUUGAAUGGUUACCAUCAGCUGCGAUCAGCAGAUACGGCCUUUUCGUAGCCAUUCCGGAUGCCGUGGAAAUUGGGGGUAAGAAUACAUUAGAAAGGCUGAAACAGACAGGCAGGCAUCUUUCUCAUGCUUGUAUCUAUUUCAAGUAGAAGCCAGUGCUUUGAGAAACGGUAAAACAUAUUGUGGAUCACACUCAGGCAGGAGUGUGGGGAGUCUACCCCCAGUCACAUCCAUAUCAGCUGAUAGCAACAUCAGAACAUUGGUUUCCAUCAUUGUUUUUUCACUCAUUUUAAUUUCACUGAUUUAUUGAGCAUUCUGGCCACUUUGAAGCACCUCCUGACUAAUACAAUCAUUUCUAUCUCCUGUGGCUUGUUGCAGUCCCACGUUUUCUCCAUAGUGUAGGCGUGUUUUUAUUAAGUUUUCACCUCAUCCCUUUCAUUACUCCGCCAUCUGCUCUGCGUUCCCACUUGUAGGAGAUCUGAAGUAUUAGAUCAUCAGAAGUCAUGUUUACAUGCAAUUCAAUGGUAUGUUUAUAGCAUCUGCUAUUAAAUUCAAAACCUCAACUGUGAAAACUUAAAGAAUUCUCAUAUAUCAUCAAAUGCCAUAAGAUAUUUUGGCUCUCUUUCCUCUCAGAGAUUAGCAGAAACUAUCAAAGCAACUGUCACAUCUCCUACCUUAUUGCAUUUAUGUGCAACAGGUUGGUGAAAAGAGGUUUAAUUUAGAUCAGUGAGAGAGGCGGAAACGUAAAAUCAAUACAACAGCAGCUCUAUAUCCACUGGAUGUUUAAAUAGGCGAUCAUUAGCUCAAAGAUUUGCUGCAUGGGUGGUCAUACAGGCCGAAUGGAGGGUUUCCUACACUCACAGAAAUAUUCGGCCUAAUUCCAUAUAAAAAUUCCAUCCAUUUGAAUUACUUAGAAUUAACAUAAACAGGCCAAUAAACUUUAUGUGCUGUAUAUGUGUCAGUUAAAUGUAAAUGAAACAAUUGAGAAUUAGAUUUAUGUUAUAAUACCAAUAAACCCAAAUGUGUUUAGAAUAAAUAAUUACAGACUUAUGUUUUCAUCACUGAGAAAUUCAAUUUGUUUCUGUCUUAUAAAUUUUAACUAAAAUGAAACUUGGUUGAUCCACAGCUUGUCAUAUUUAAACCAUAUUCAUAUAGUUUAACUGAUUAAAUUGAUUUUUUUUUCUUUAAUUAACAGAUUUAUGCUGAUUUAAAGAAAUUUGAAUAAAUAAAUUCUAAAAAAAUAUUAUUUAAAUAAAAUCAAAUAAAUUUAAAUACUUAGAUUUUGUAUUUAUUUUUUUGAGUGUAGCUUGUUUUAGGAUGCUAGUGUCUGGGUGCUUCUUAAGUCUGGUGAUUAAAACUAUUAAAUAAUUGAAUUUGUUUAAACUAGUGAUGUUUUGACACAAAUACUCAUCGGUCAAACAGAAAUUUAGAUUCCAUUAUAUUUAGCAGAUAGUAGAGCAUUAUAACAUAGCAGUUGCCAUCAGUUGUGUAGGCAUUUGAAACACUAGUUUAAAUAAUAUAAUGUAUAUAUUUCAUAGCAGCGUUUGUUCAGUCAGAUACUGCAGCAGUAAUGGCUUCCAGGAUUGGUUCUCCACAGGUUAGGCUGUUGAUCGUCUACAGGGGCCAGAUAACAGCAUGGUUUCCCCUACUGCAGUCACGAGCCAAGACACCAGGCCAUCUGUCAGAUUUAGCUUCCAACUGCGACCUCCCCGCUCCCCCAGGAAUUUACUUUAUCACUCACUCAAGAGUCAGCCAGCUUGUUAACGCCUCUGAAUCCAAGUUAGUGGAUAUUCCCUUUAAUUAAGGUCAGAUCUUCAGCAGAUGUACUACUGUGUUCGUUUGAAGGAGUGUUAGACUCUCCUUUUAAAACGAACCUAAAUCUGAUCGCUUUACUCUGUAUAACGCUCAAACUGUUUGUUUGGAUGCAAUAUUUCCCAUCAGCCCACUGAAAGAACCAGAUCCCCCUGACUGUCAGGAAAACUCAGUGUUUAAUGCCUGCAGGUUAAUGAUAUUUGAAAGGUACAGUAGUCUGAUUUCAAGCUUCUCCUGUCGUCCUUCACAUUUGGCAUCUGUCCAUUUUCCAUUCACUCCAUUUCCCCCUGAUAUUAGAUAUCAUUAAGCACCGCUGGAAGGUGAACAGGUCAACUCAGCCCAAUUAAAAAAUACUUCAUUUGAAAGUGCUGCUUGGUAGUUAUGUGACAUUAAAAGACUUUAGCUGGAUUUGCUUUUAAUGUGUCUCUGCCCUGGAGUUUGCAGGUUGGAACAGGUGAUAGAUUUUAUGUAACAGUAAAAGUCAUGAAGGUGUGUUACCUCAGUAUGUGUCCCUGUUUUUGUGUUGUUACUGUCUGUUGUACCUCAUCUGGUUCGGUGUUUAAUACCUGAUUAAUGAGAUUAAGGCAGACUCCUCUGUAAAGAGUUUAACUGUAAUCUUACCAGGGCUGUAACAGUUAUAUCAUUAUUGAUUAAUCUGUAGUUAGCCCUACUGAUUAGAUGUUUAGUCUACAAGAUGGUAGAGCCUAACAAGCACCCAAAGUUAGAUCAACAUACAGUAUAUUUCUGCUUUUUGUUGUCUUGCUGUAAGUAAAAACUCAUUUGAAGCUUUACGUUCGCUUUGUAAAACAACCAAAACAGUCUCUGUAAAUGCUCAUCAUCUUAACACAGAAAUGCUGACCUCAGUUGAAGUUUUUUAAUAUCAAAAUAGCUCGCCAACUGCAGUACAUCAUGGGAUGUCUGCUAUCUGUAAGAAAUUUUCUCAUCAUAACUGACAAAAAAAAAAAAAAAAACAUCAGAGGAAAAUCUCAGUUGGAGUUUGCAAAACUCCAGAGGAACCAUUCCUCCCACACCAUCCGAAGAUUCCUCCCCCGCCUCCCUGCUGGAGCACCACGCCAUUUAAAAACACUGUUAGAUAAUGCUGUGGUGUGAGUCUUCAGCAGUCAGUAUGUUACAGUGUCUUUUGAAAUCUGGAACAUAGAUUUGACUGGUUGGCUUAAAAAUACCAAGAAGUUAACGUCAGAUGAAGAAGCUGCAUUUGUUUAUAUGUUGGUUUUGCAUUAGCUACAUCUAAAUGAGCUUUUAAUGUUGUAGAGGCCAACUUUGUGUACUACCUACUGCUGUUCCCUUCAAUCUGAAGCUCCGGGGUCAAUCUCAUGCACUGCCGUCCCCAUGCCAAAGUGUCCUUGGGUAAGACACUUGACCCCACUAGUUGUACGCAGAGGUGUGUGAAUGGGAUUAGUCAACAAAAUAGUAGCAGCGUCUGCCUUCAGUGUGAGAACGUGGUGUGUCACGUAGAGUCCAUUUACCAUUUUGUUGCCUAAGACUGUUGGCAAAGAGGGGUCUCUGUGCAUGCAGCACCAACAACUCAAACAAUUUCAGGAUUGUUUGAGUUGAUUCUGAGUUUGGGAAAAUUAUACUGCAAUGCACCGAUAAUUUGUCUUUUGCUCUCAGCUUUGGAAAACUGCUCACUUUACAGUGGUAAGCUGAGGAUCCUGUUGCAUGCUUGUGAUGCUGUUUGAAGACAUUAUGGUGGAAAACAUGUUCAUAAUUGUUUUAUGUGUGAAAAACAAAAGGCACUUUACGGAGUUUGAGGCCAGAAGAAAAAUAAAAAGACACCCAUAUAAACGUGCAAGUACAAAUACGUAUGUACAAAAUGUGACUUUGGUUGAAGGUAAAGGUUUGAAGACAUGUGUAGGACAUACUACAAGCAAAUUAGAUGAUAAUGUAAUUGUAAUUUUGUUGUAAUCAGCUAAUGCUGGCUGUCAGAUAACCUUGAGGACAUCCAGUCUGUAUUGAUCUGCAUGUAGAUGUGGAUCCGUCAGGCCAUGAUCUGGGCCACUCCUUUAGACUCAACAAAGAAGACCUCCAGUGUCCUCAGAAUCAUCUGCACUCCUCAGCUUCAGAUUAUUCACGCAAAUGAAGCAAAUCCUGAAAAAUGUAAUUCAUCCAGAGACAGUUAACUGAAUACAGUUGUAUUCGUCUCAGAUCCUCACCACCUGCCUGUGUCACUGUCAGAACAUGUCAGCGUCAGAGCGGCACACCGAACAGUUCACAGAAGGUCCAGCUGUGAUUAAGAGGAAUCUUGUUAAAGCUCCUUAAACGGGUUACUCUGGCAUGGAAACAUGACUGUGAGUUCAGAGUAAAGCUGCUGAUACUCAAUCACAUUUACGGGGCUGCUGAGAUAUACAUGUAAUUACAACGAUACGACUUUGCUAGGACUUAAUAACAGAUACAGUUUGUUGGUAUUAGCUGUAAUUUAAAUUCUCAAGUCUAUUUCUUUUUACAAAGGGAACCGGUACUGAGGUUUGAACCUUUUAGAAGUCCAGUUAAAAAUCAUGUUACUCACUGCCUCUAUCAUAGAAACAAGCAAGUAGUGAGAAAAAGUUCCACUUGCUGUCAAUUACCGUCCUAUAGGACUCCCUGAAAUAUCAAGUCCAUCCACUACAGGUGAGCACAACUCCCUGCAGACCUGGAUGCAUCCUCUCUGCUUUACAAACAUCUUUCUCAUCUUGCUAAUUCUUACUACUGUUAACUUCUGUGUCCACGUACUUUUAUUCCACAUUCAUGCCAUAACAGCCACCGCCACAGAAAGUGGAAAUGGGCGCCAUAUUUUUAAAAUAAGAAUACCAACAUUUGGUGUAUUAAUAACUUGUAGGUGCAGCCAGGGCGUUGAGGGUGUCUGGAUUGGUGGUCUCAGGAUUGGGUCACUGCUUUUUGCAAAUGACGUGGUCCUGUCACUGGACCAGUUCGCAACCGAGUGGGAAGCAGCUGGGAUGAGAAUCAGCACUUCCAAAUAGGGGUCCAUGGUUCUCCGCUGGGAAAAUGAAGAGGGCCCUUUCCAGGUUGGAGAUGAGAUCCUGUCUCAAGUAAAAGAGUUUUAGGAUCUCAGGGUCUUGUUUGCUCAUGAGAGAAGAAUGAAGCGGGAGAUUGACAGGCGGAUUGUGCGGCCUGGUCAUCCAGGAGGGGCUUGGAGUAGACCCGCUGCUCCUCCCCGUUGAGUCAGAUGAGGUAGCUUGGGCAUCUAAUCAGAAUGCCUCGGGCAUGCUCCACUGGUAGGAGACUACGGGGAAGCCCCAGGACAUGCUGGAGAGUGUCUCUCAGCUAGCCUGCAAACACCUAGGGGUCCCCCGGGAAGAGCUGGAUGAAGUAGCUGGAGAGAGGGAAGUCUGGGCUUUCCUGCUUAGGCUGCUGCGCCUGCCAGUCGACUCUGGAUAAGCGGUAGAAGAUGGAUGGAUGAAUGGUAUUAAUAACUAUCACACUAGUCUGGACAAAGAUAUAUUCACAGAUCUUACCCCUACCAAGCACAGAUGACUAAUGAAAUAAAAUAAUCACAUCAUCAAAAUCUGAAAUAUGAUCGCACUUGAAAAUGCCAGAAAUCUUCUGGUUUCAGCUUCUGCUAAAGGGACGGUUUUGUCUUUUUUUCUGAUGUGACAUUGAUUCUUGAUCCAAGCCGCUUACACUGAUAAAUCUUCACAAGAUACUUGAUUAGAUAAGUUGAGAACAAAAAAAUGGGCACAAAAUCAGACUUUGCAGAGUUGGUCAGACAAAAACAGAAAUUUUAACAUAUACUGUAGGUCUGUAAUGUUGUUGAAGAGGCAUUCACUGGCUUGACAGGCUUCCAGUAUCUGUAAUGAGUCUCUUUACAUUGUCAAUAGCCAAGCAUGGUAGAUGAUCAAAUUACGCAUAAGAGUGUAGAAAACAAAGUAUACGAGUUAAUAUCAAUAAAAGGUUGAAGGGUGAUUCAUGUCCCUCAUCUAAAAAACAUAUUGACCCUCCAGACUCUGAGGCUCUUAUGUUAUCCUGCUCUUUGAAAUUAAGUGACUUGUUGAUUAAGGUUGCACUCUCAGUGUAAGUAAACAACCAUCACUUUCCAAAAUGAACAAAUCAAUAGCUUUUUGUUCUUACAUUUAAAAUCUAUGUUAUAAACUGUGUAGCUGGUACAAGCUGAUAAAUGUACCCUCACUCCUCAUCAGAGGCUACCAGAACUCAGAAGAUAUAAAGCAAUCAAUUUCAACUUGAUCAGUUAAUAUGAGGAAUAAUUACAGUUCCAGAUUCUCCUUGAGACUUCUGAUCCUAAUGUCUUCAUUAAAAUUUCAUGAAGGUGCCAAAUCUGACAGAUUAUCCUGAAACAUUCAUGAGCUCUUACAUAUUUCUUUUGGCUGUUUGAAUGAGGAAUAUCCUCUAAAAACAGAGACAAGCAAAGCAAUAUUUUCAUUUACAAGCUGACCAGUACAAACUGUUCAGGUCAACACCAAUAUUACAGUGUUUACAGCAGUCUGGACGCCACAUAUAACUCUGCAGAUUCAGCGCUAUACAAGUUUAAAGCUGCUGGGUUCAGGAUGGAUGGAUAAAAAAAAAUAAGGAUGUCAUUUUUUUAGUCCAGUUGUCUGCUCUGUCUGAACCGACGCAUUAAUGUAACCCAAGGCAAGUUUUUUUUUGUAAAGCACCAUUUAUACACAAGGCAAUUCAAAGUACUUUACAGAUGCAAGGAGAUACAUUGGAAAUCAAAUAAAGAGAGAUUAAAACAAUUAAAAAUCAGCAAGCCAUAAAACAAUUUAGAAUGAACAUGACAAACAGAAAAUAUUCAAAUGAAAUUUAAAAUCAUGACUGAGGCCAGCUGUCACUUACAACCACAGAGCCAGGAGGAUGAACGAUGGAGCCGCACAGGAGCCACGUUUACAUGUGCAAAAUUUCUUGAUCCAAUUAAAAAUUUGAGCGAUCGGAUAAUCUGAAUCCACUGGCGCAAAAUCAAAUAAUCUGAUUAUGACGUGCGUAUACAUACACCAAGCUUUAUUUAGAUUAGAAGCAUUUGGACAUGCCCAGAGUUGUCUGAUUUCACUAAAACAACCACAGAAGAAGAGUUGUAUUUAUGCCUGUGCUGUCAACACACCAACAAACGCGAAAGUGGCUCACUCCAUCCAAUUCAGGAGUUUUGCCCCUGUUAAAUUAAUGUCACUAGAUGGCGCCCUUGCGUACGUAUUUAACCGUUCUGUCAAAGGUUGCUCUGUGCGUGCAGAUGUGACAGCAUUGCGCUGUAUGUACGCCUUGUUAUGUUACCGGAAGAGCAGACACGGUACCUGCGGUUGUGUUUUAUGCCAGAGUGUUAAAAAUGAAACCUCCUGUACUGGCCUCGAUAAGUAAGCCAAAGACUAAAGAGUGGAGAUGGAGUCAGGUAAGAGAGUCACGAUCGGAAUAAGUGUUUACAUGGACACGCUUCGGAAAAACAAUCGGCAUAAACCACCCCUCUCAAUCGGAAUAUAAUUUCUUUCCGAUUGAACCGAAUUGGAUCAGAAUCGUCCCAUUGACAUGUUUACAUGACGCAUUUUUAUUCCGAUCGGGCAUUUAUACGGAUUAUUUUUGCCCAUGUAAACACAGCUAGAGAAGCUAGUUUGGCAGACGUUGAAAUAACAGAAUCUAAACUUCACAUGAUACCGUAAAACCAUUAUAUUUGUCAUACCAUCAGAAUUUCAAACUCCCAUACCCAGGGGAGACCAAAACUAAUUUAUUAAGUUAUUUUAUCAUGGCCUGGAUUGUAAAAACAGAACAGUAAAUCAAACUAAAAGUGAUUUUGACAAACGUUGUUGACAAACUUGACUGUUAAAAUAAAGUAGGAUAAAAAACUUAAAGUACAAGAAAAAAAAAUCUGUUUUCAGAUCAUGCAAGUGGCUGCAGGCUUGAAACAGCUUGAAAUAUCUCCAAACAGGUGCCAAACAGUUUGGUCAGCUUUGUGUAAAUUAAGAAUAUAGCUAGAUAGAUUGGUCAUGGAUUAGCCCAAUUGUUCUCUCACUCAGUCUGCUUUUUUUUUUUUUUUUUGCUACCUAUUCAAAAAAUAGAGUUAGGAGAGGAGUAAAUAUUGGCAAAGAUAAGUAGUUAUUUGUGAAGCUUUUGAUGAAAAAUACACAAAUCAAUAUGAAGAACUGUUCAAUCUCUGUACUUUAAGGUCAUAACUAUUAAUAACUCUGAAUAAUGAAUGUGAAUAAAACUUCGAUUAAAAGGUGGAGAGGUUGGUGUUAUUUCAGCAUUGAUUAUCCUUUCAGUACCUCCGUCUUAUAGAUCGCCUCAGGUCUGUGUGCCUUGCCACUCCUGAUCUGAUCAAUGUGUCCACGGCUCCUUUAAUGCAUAGCAGUGAUAAUUAGGCUCCAGAGGAUAUCAGUGAAUUGGCAGAUUAAUCAUUUUGACCCAGUGGACUCAGGCUGUGCUCAAGGCAGCAGUGUACAUCGACUUCCUAUUUCCACUGAGAGCUUUUACUGUAGCGGUAUUAAAGUCGGCUGGAUUCUGCUGUCAGUCAGCUCACUGGGAGUGGAUGAGCGGAGGUGGAGGGGAGAAAGCUGCUUCCCAGAAUGCCAGGAGAGGUUACGAAUACAGUGUCCAUAAAUGUGUGAUGAUAAAAUGUGUAUCUGUGUGUGUGAUACUUGCAGAACAAGUUAAGCCUCACAGGUGUCCUCCUCUUCCCUCCUCCUCCUCCUCCCUGUCUGUGUCCCUCAGGGUUGCAGUAUGUUCACUUCAGUGAAAGCCUUCGAGGGGCAGCAGUACUCCACCCUGAAGAGGCAGUGUCUGCAGAGUGGCCUGCUCUUCGAGGACCCCCGAUUCCCCGCCACCGACGACUCGCUCUUCUACCAGGGCAACAGGAUCGGACGUGUGGUCUGGAAGAGGCCUCGGGUGAGCAGCUGUGUGCAAUAGUCCGAUAGUUACACCUAAAAGCGUUCAGGAGUCCCUGUGUUCUUUAAGCCACUUUGUUUGUCAUUGAAUGUUAAGUGUUGUGUUUCAGUGAAGGUAAAAGAUUCAGCACAGAUACCUAAAAACUCUGUCCACAGGCCUCUAAUUGAGAGCUGCGUUUAUUUGUCGAAACAUGCAGCUGCACCCUGCCACUAAAAAGAGACCCUGCCUUUAAUUUGGAGAGGCCUCUAUUCAAAGAUUUACAGUAUUCAGAAGUGGACUGCUUUUUGUGAAGGGUCAGUAACUUCAGUAAACAUUAAGACUGGUGUAACUCUAAAGGUUUCUUAACCACCACUAUAACAAACUAUAAUUCUCUUACUUUGUACAGAGAAUCUGCGGGGUCUUAAAAAGUCUGAAAACAUCUAAAAUCCAUCUAAAGGCCCUUAUAUCUCCUAAAAUGUCUUAAAUACGAUUUUAAGGUCUUAAAAAUGCAUUAACUCAACUUGAUAAAUAACGUGUCAUAGGAGUUAAGACGGAUUUUAAGUAAUGUAAAAUGUUCCACUUUCCCUUCAUGUCUAAAGUUGGUAUAACUAGAGAAGCAAGAGGUCGGCAACAUUCAUCUCUCGACGGAGUAUUUGACCCUAACCUAAUUUUACGCUGGAAUAUCCCUUAAGUAUUAUAUUGUUAUAUUUCUUUAUGUCAGAUUUUUAAAUGAGCCAUUAAAUUAAAUUAGGGUGUAAAUAGUUUUUAGUCCCUCCUUUAUAAGUCUCUGGAUUGUGUGAUUCAAGCUACAAGUUGCAGGAGACGGUGCAAUAGUCCCACACUGUCCACAAAGCUAAUAUUUGCAGAUAUCGUCCCUCAAAUGUUUGUUAACAUUUAUAACUGCGCCUUUUCCUUCAUGGAUUAUAUAAUCUUGGUGUUUGGUGGAUCAGAGAGCCGUCUGAUUGAAAGGAGGUGAAGCAGCGUUUCACCUCACAGAGAUGAAAUGAGAUCUGACUGCUUGAAUUUUCAGGAGGUUGUGUGAAACCCACUCCAGCCAGAUGUUGAUGCCGAGGCGCCGCUGUCAGUUCAACAUCUUGCCAAACUCCCUGCAGAAAUGUGUCAAGGUCAUCUUAAGCGACUGUGCAUACAGUAAAUUGGGAGCAGUUAUUGGACCUUUAAAACAUUUACACGGGGUGCACUCAGUGCCAAACAGAGCUGCAGGACGAGGGUUCGAUGACUAAAUAAUUCAUUAAAUAACGGUGUGUCAGUAUUCAUCAGUCGCUGCUCCACUCUGCUCCCUCGUCCUGUUGUAUAAGCCGGCUCUGUAUGUAUGUUUCAGCAGCAGCAGAUGAUAUCAGGGCCUCAGGAUUCAGAGAGCUGACUCCCAUGUCGCUGUUAUCCUCCUCACACAGCAGGCCGUGGCUCUGGAUGCAGUAACUGUCCUCGGCCUGUAUGCCGCUGCAGCCACAACCAGCGUGCAUUGCCAUGGAAACUGGGUCACACAGAUUAUAUGUUUUGGUCUGUGAUGUCAGUCGAGAGUUGGAAGAAGUCAGGAGGAGAUGAAGGAGAAGGAGGAGCAUCCUUUUAGUUUCCAUUGGAGCGUGAUUCAUAUCCUCACUGUCAGGAGGCAGAAAAGGACACUUUGACUCCGCUGUUAUCGAUUGUUUCAGAUUGUUUUAUUGAAACAUAUCCUGUAUGAAUACUCGACAUAAGAGCUUUCUGACUCAACCCACUCAGUGUUCGUAUCAGCUCUACUCAUGUUAAGCUAACAUUAUACCUGUUUGACUACAGUUGUUUCAAUAAUUGUCUGUUAUGCUGACGCUAUACCUGCUGUUUUCUUAAAGUUCCUGAGAUAGUUUCUAUCAUAAUAUCUACGUCUAAUAAAAUAUAAGCUCUACGAUAUGAUAGAAUAAGUGAUACUUGGCCCACAAUAACGUUAUCUUCAUGAUUCAGCCUUGGUUUGUUUUCUUUGUAGUGAGUCAAUUUAUUUCAUGGAGCAAACCGUCAUUUUCCACUUAUUCCACAAAAGUAAAUCCACAUUUAGGUGCUUGAAAAAAACAAAACCAACUUGAGUAACUAUUCCUGUUCAUAUUUGAGGCUUAAAGUUGAAAACGUUAAACAUGUUUUAUGUGAAACUGCCUGACUGUAGCUGUAACAACCACCAAGUUUUCUCCCCAAAGCUGAUAGUUACUAAAAACUCAGCUCGGUGUGUAACAAGACUUUAGAACAAUGAAGAGUUUAGUAGGAUCAUUAUUUAAAGGGACAUUUCUUUAUCAUUUCCUGUAAGUAAUAAUCAUCAUAUUAAUCAUUUUGCACUGCAGACGUGGUAGUUCUUCUGCCUUAACAUCUCGGUCUCAUAAAUGUUCUUCCUUGUGCUGCGUCCCCCCCCCUGUAGUCCGUAAUGGACUGGCUCGAGGUCUUGCUACAAACAAGUGGCUGCUGGAAGAGAGUAGGUGAGUUGUGUUUGGUCCCUUUGCUAAAGAAAUGAGUCAAAGUUAAAAAGAUGUUUGGUGUCUAGUACUAUGGCUGUGACCCUAAAUGUACUGUUGAUGAAGUUAGGUGCUGUUCUGAGCAUUAUUUGUGGCUAUAGAGUGGCGUUUUGGUUGAGGUUUGUUUAUGGCUCCUCAGACCGCUUGGUAUUGCUAUCGUGUGGUCGUUACUAAAGUUGGUAUAACUAGAGAAGCAAGCGGUUGGCAACAUUCAUCUCUUGACGGGUGUCUGACUCGGUGUUAAGAUGUGUUUGACCCUAAAUUAAUUUUACCGGAAUAUCCCUUUAAGUUGCUGACUUAAAACUCAUUUACAUGCUAAACCUCCACACAGAGUCCAAGUCUGGCCAGUUUAAUAGUCCUUUAUUUUCACUAAACUUCGGUAAGACCAUGCAGUCGGCUACGUGUUGAUAAGGGUUUGCUCAGUACUUUAUUUUCGACUUAUUUUGUUCAGAUCUAAUGAAAAAUGUUCAUGAAAGGGAGGCUGCACACUCGUUUAAAGAUAUUAAAAUUACACAGACAUGAACUAAGUAGAGUAAUAAGAAAGAUCCAAACUCGUUACCUUAUCGUACUUUCACCCUUAAAAUCAAAAAUAUGAUAUAAAACAAACACGUUUUCUCUGUAAAGUCUCCAAAGAUUGUAUUCAGUGUUGUCUCCCAGCAAACGACUUUCUCUCCUCCUCCCUGCAUAAAUGAUGUUCUGCUUCCUGUAUUGGCACUAAACGUUGAUUUAAAUUAUGCGCUGCAGAAUGCAGAAUUAAUUAUGUAGGCACUUCUAGGGCUUCUGAGGCCUGUUUCGCUAGAGCAAUUAAUUAAGAUUGUAAACGGUGGCAGCAAACUGCGCUACAUAUUACUGUGGCACGCUGGUUGCAGAAAGGUUUGCACUUUCCACAGAGACCUUGUAUGCUUGUGAACAGUUUGCAAGACUAGUGUUUGAUUUUAAUUUGAUAAAUGUGUGGAACAUUGGUUGCAAAUUGAAACUUAAUUCUUGCAAAUUUGAUAAAUUGCUCUCUCAGACUGUAACUCAACAUGUCAGGAGUCAAACUUGUCAAAUACGUCAGACUCUUGAUGAUGGUAAAGCAGAUUUGAUGGAUUAUCCUGAACAGCUUGACUGAUAUUCUUGAUAUAGUAUGUUUUGAAAGAUCAUAGGAGUGCCUUUUUAGAUUCAUAUAUGAUAAAUGACAGACAGUAGUAGUGCAGUGUCGAAGGUUUCUAUAAAUAUCCACAUGUAGCGACACAUUGAAGCCUAAAUGUUCCGACUUUAACAGCCAGUCAGCAGCGGUCUGUUAUGGAUGUGGAGAGUGGACGCAGUGAAAAACAGAAUCAUCCAAACUAAUAAAUCAUCUCCAUGGAUUUCAGCCCCUCCAGAGACUUCACAAUUUUAGCUCCCACAUUUUCUGAAACCUCAGUCUGAGACUGCAGCCUGUAUGGUGAACAUGUAAAAAAAUAAGAAAAGCAUGAUUUUCAUCGGAGUGGGUCUUUAAAGAGCAUUUUUACCUGAGUAUGAUUGCUCUCCUCUCCUCCUGCUGGUCCACUUCAACACUAUUAACAUUGUUAUUCGUGAGCACUCUUCCAUAAAUACAAAGUUCAUAACAGUGAGUAGGUACACAUUUAGUUGAAGACAUGGUAACCUCUUGAGCCAUGUACGAAUGUGAUCAAAUGAAUAAGUCUUUGGGGUCAUGCGUUCUCAGAUCAGAGCCCCAGUGUGAAAUCACCCUUCCAUCAAACUUCAUGACAAUGUUAAACUAAAUUUACCACAUUUUGUUUCUUACAUGACAUGAACUGUCAGGUUCAGUUAGCACGGACAUGACAGCAGAUUCAUUGGCAGCCAUCUUGCUUGUUUACAGAAUUUCCAAAGCAGCGCCCAUUUAUACGGCCUGUCAUCAUAUCAACGUUUCCCCGUAAAUGGUCAUGAUUGGUCUGACCUAUAUCAGGGCAGAUAGAAAUCUUUAUGAGGGGUAAGAGAAUCAGACAAAGAGAAUCAGAUCAAUCUGCCAAAGCAGAUGAAGCGUGGACUUGAAGAUCUGUCUGGUUUUCUGACUCUGUCACUACUAUGAUGAAGAAGAAAAUAGAGUUAACUGGAAGGUUAUAUUUAAUGAAUAAGGCCAAACAUUGAAUUAGAGAAAAACAUCUUGAAGAUAUUGAUAACUCUCCAGUACUAAUCGAUAUUAUAGAAAUGUACUUGACUUUAUCAGAUGGUUGUUUCAUGGCCAUUUGCAGUUGUACUGUUCCCCACAUUAACCAGCAAAAGACAAACAUUUAGGGGCAGACGUUCCCAGAAAGAGCUCUCCUCUUAACCACAACUCUUCUGGAAAUGUUUAAUGCAAUGUUUAGUGCCGGAAAAGCCUCAUUUUGGAUUUGGAGACACAAACCUCCAUCUCGACAAAACAUCAGCGGGGUGGCUUUGCUCUCAUGUUUCCCAAUAAAGUUUUAAAAGCUUCUCGUAAAUGCAAACAUUAGCCCGAGAGUGACGAAUUACACACGCUGAAUUUCCUGGUCUGUUUUCAUUUAACAGGAUAUAUGUGAGGAAAUGUCUCCAAACAGAAUUAUACAUCAGUGGUGUUGCUGAGGAUUGUGGAUUGACAAAUCUGUGAGUGAUUGAUUUGUAUUUUUUUUAUAUUUCGCACCAGCAGACAGUAAAAAUGCAGAGAGGUCAUGUAAUCAGUUGCAGGGUGAAGGUUCACAGAGGUUAUUUUGCUGGGUGUUAUCUUUGCUCAGAUGCAUCUCAGCGAUAUUUAUGGCUGCAAUGAAAUCCCAGUGGCGGAGCAUGUGAGCUUAAAGAGCAGGCUCUAAUAAAAUGUUCCUCCUCUCUCGCUGUGUCUCACAUCGUCUCUCACUCCCUCUCUCUUUCUCCCCCUGCCCCCCUCCUCUUACUCCUCUUCCUCUUCCUCUGAUUCGGGUUUAUUUAUGUCUUCGCUUGGCCUGGGUGGGGUGAUAUGACGGUGUACGGCAUGAUAUAAUGGAUUUUUUUAAAUGACAGGGUGCUUUCUGGAACAUGGUAGCUGCCCCUGUGAUGAAUCUGAAUAAAUCUGAUCGGAUGGGUUAAAAUGAGACGAUGAAAAAUGGGAAUGAAGCAGAACUUUUAUGAUUAAAAAAUUUGUGUUUCAUGAUGCAGUAAAACGAGUAAAAUUAUCCCUGAAGUUAAACCAUCUGGUUAUCCAGAGUGUGAAAAAGGGAGAGCAUAUUUAUCCAUUUACAACCUGUUUGGUUCUGUAUUUUCUCAAAACCAUGUAGUAAUGUUCAGGACAACAGCAGUUUGGUUUUUGAAGGAUGUGUUGAAUCAAGCUAAGAAACUAACUAGGCGUUAAAGGUAUUUUAAGCAAAACUCAAAAACCAAUGGGCUUUCUAAAUCGAAUCAAAUUUUAUUUAUAUAGCGCCAAUUCACAACAGUCGUCAUCCCAAGACGCUUUCCAAAGAAAAAGAGCAGGUCUAGACCGCGCUCACUGUUUGAUGAAUUAUCAAGACCCAACCUAAAAUGAGAUUUGGCCCAUCCCAUCGAACAUGAGGAACAGUGGCGAGGAAAAACUUCCUUUAACAGGCAGAAACCUUGGGAAGGACCAGACUCAUGCUAGACAGCCACCAGGCCGCUGCUGGGUUGGGGAGGAAUACAGAGAGAUAGGGGGAGAAAGAGAGAGAGAGAGGAGUGGAGAGAGGGCAGGGGGAGAGAAAGAGAACAAGAUAGAGGGAAGGAGAGAGAGAAUAGGUAAGGGGGGGGAGAGAGACAGGGGACAGCAGAUUAAAACCAAAGUGAGGGCUCUGGUCCGAGUCUCUCAAAAUAAAAUAAAUCAUGUGCUAGAGUCGGCCUCACCCAGAGAAGACUGUAGCCUAGCUUGCAUGCUGAGUCUCCUAUUUCAGAAACACUGAAACAUCCUUUUAACAUGUGAAAAUAAAUGUACAGUUAGUCGUCUUUAUCUGUACGAUUUUCAAAGGGUGGUUUGGUUCUCUGGGAGGCACAGUGGUGUCGUGGUUAGCAAUGUCGCCUCACAGCGAGAAGGUCCUGGGUUCAAAUCCGGCUCAGGGCGGUUAAUUGGCCACUUUCAAAAUUGCUCGUAGGUGUGAAUGUGAGUUUGGAUGGUUGUUCGUCUCUAUAUGUCAGCCCUGGGAUGAACUGGCGACUUGUCCAGGGUGUCCCCUGCUGGGAUAGGCUCCAGCCCCCCGCGACCCCCAACGGAAAUAAGCGGUAGAAAAUGGAUAGGUUUGGUUCACUGUCUUUAAAGGUCCCCCACUAGGGAUGCUGUAGAGCAAGCUUCCGUCAGUACUGUGGUUGGUUUCUUUUCUAGUUUGGUUUGGUUCAGGUUUGGCAGUUUUGUGUUUUACCUUCCUGUUAUCAGUUUUUGGCCAAUAAUUGAGAGGUAGAAAUAUUUCUCAGAAGGUAGCAGGCUUCACUUUAGCUCAGUUAGUCUCAGUUGGUCUCAUCUACCAUCCUCCCUCUCUUCUACCAGUUUCUCUGCAGUUUUCCUGUUAAAUAAAGGCGAAGAGCUGAAAAUGUUAUUUAAGAAACUUGUAAAUAAUACAGACUGUAAUGUUUAAAAUUACAUCACUCGUGCCUUGUGUUGGACAGAAUUUUUUUAGUAUAAUACAUAUUUCAAGGGAACCCCACUUCCAAGUGCAUCUCUUCCUACAAGUGCAGCCGGUCUUUCUAAUUUGUACUCUGUCUGUUUGGACAUGUGUGUCUGAAGGUCUCCCUCCCAGGCUGAUGGAUGGAGCUGAGGAGGCUGAUGGGGCUGACUGAAAGGUUCUCAGUCGAGCAGUAAUAGAUCAGGCUGUGCUCAGCCACAAUAUUCACAUUACUUCAGUGUCUGCAGAGCCGGACGAGGAUCGAUACUCUAUUAUUCUUCCACCUGAGCCAAUCCCUGGACGGCAGGCGACCACAGGGAGGCCCGCUGCUGCUCCGAACCCACCAAUCAAUGCUGCUGCUGCAGACGAGGGAAAAACCAUGAUUAGAGAUCUUAACUGAGGCACCGAUCAGACACGAAUUGGUGAUCAUCUGGACAUUGCUUCACAUAGCUGUGCGCAGACACGCACAGACGGAGUGGCUCGGUGUUGCUGGUGUUUGUAAGGUGAGAGGGGCUGCUGGCCAGUGGAGCUCUGAGGCCUCAGGGGAGCACUGCAGUGGCCUCUGCUUCUGAUUAAAAGUUUGCUUUUGCAGCAAUCAGCUCUGCAGAGUCAGCAAAUUACUGACCUUGCAUGUGUCCUGUACGUGUGUCCUGUGUGUGUGCGUCUGUGUGUGUGUGUGUUCCUUUGUUACCCUCACUGGAACAUACGCCACAGUGUGUACAUGCUGUGAUCUGCGCUGGCACCAUUACUGAUGUUUAUAGUUAAAGCAGGAUGUGGGGGAGGGACUUGAGCAUAUUCGAGCUCUUAUUCUCCACUUCAUCAGACUAACAGCGAGCUAACACAUACUCAUACACAUAUUAACACUCACUAUCACACCUUUAAAGAGUGUCUCAACUCUCUCAUUGUUCACUUUAGCAUGUGAGGCUGGACUGUGAGGAUAAACCGGAGAUCAGACUUCAUCCUGUGAUAGUGGGGGGAGUUUUCUUCUGAUGCUCAAUAAUAGUAGUGAGAGGCAGAAACUGGAUUAUCUGAUGGUUUAUUCACAGCUCUACACUUGAGUCAUGUCGUCCCUCACUCUCUACCUCAACACGUUUCCUGUUUCUCUUUGUCUGUUCAAUCUAAUAAAGGCAAAAAUCCCCAAAAAACACAAUUUUAAAGGUACAGUGUGUAGAAAUGGGAAUAUUUAGGCGGAGUCUAGAUCAGUUAGGAGAUAGUGGCUUUUAAAGGGAUAUUCCGGCGUAAAAUUAAUGUAGGGUCAAACACACCGUAACACAGAGUCAGACACCCCCCCAAGAGAGAAAUGUUGCCGACCGCUUGCUUCUCUAGUUAUACCAACUUUGGAUUCGGACUGGAUCGAGGUCCAUUGGUGGCUAGUGCUGUGGCUGGGACCCUCUAUGUCCUGUUGAUGAAGUUAGGUGCUGUUCUGAGCAUUAUUUGUGGCUAUAGAGUGGCGUUUUGGUUGAGGUUUGUUUAUGGCUCCUCAGACUGCUGUGUAUUGCUAUCCUGCGGUCGUUUCUAAAGUUGGUGUGUUUGACCCUAAAUUAACUUUAUGCAGGAAUAUCCCUUUAAAAACAGGAAACUUCUGUAAUGCAUUAUAAAUAUGAUCCUAAUUUGAACCAAAGAGCUAAAGCAAACUCCAUAUCCUGAGGAAACUGAGGUCCAUCGGUGUGCAGGGUGCACUCCUGAGGUCCUUUCAUGACUCUGUAGUGGCCUCAGAAGGUCUGCAGGAGCAGCAGCAUCAAGAUUACAGACAGGAACAGACUAAACAAACCGGUGAGGAAAGCUAGCUCUGUCCUGGGUUGCCCUCUGGAUCCUGUACAGGUGGUGGGGGACAGGAGGAUGAUGGCUAAGCUGUCGUCUCUCAUUGACAAUGUUUCCCACCCCCUGCAGAGCACUGAAACAGCACUGGGUGUUACAACUCCUUCAGUGACAGAGAUACCACAAGUCCUUCCUUCCUGCUGCAGUCCUGCUGUUUUUGUUUUUUCUUUGUAUAUAACAUUUAUUUUGUCUAAGUUAAUUUUUUAUAAUUAUCUGGGAUUAUCUAGGGAUGUAUAUCUCCACCACAGGGGCCAGUUUGAUAUGCGUCUCGAUACACUGCCACCUAUACACUGAAACCCCCUUUUGAUACGAUCUGAUACGAUUCACUCCUGUUCACGACAGAAUUUACUAAUGCAAACGUUCCUAUCUGACCACCGUUAUGAAUCAGUAAAUCUCACCAUCCCUAGUGCACUUUUUUCUAUGUUUGCUAUGCUUAUCAUCUGCAAAUUUCCCCACUGUGGAAUAAAUAAAGGUUUACUUUAUCUUAUCUUACUGUAAUAUAUCCCAUUUCAGCCAAGUCUACUGGUAGACACUGCACCCUUAAAGCUCCUAAGGGGAACUUUUGAUUUGUGUUCUUAAAUUCUUAAAACUCUUGAAUACCCUUUGUAUCAGAUUUAAUACAUACUUUUAUGAUACUUCUAUCAAAUCAAUAUAAUCAAGAAAUUACUAAAAAAACACCUGAAUACAGUCCGAUAAAUGAUAAAAAUGUCCUCUUGUAGUUUAGUUGUUUCCAAAAACAUCUAGAUAAAUAAAUAUAUUUGUUAAAUUUUAAGGACAUUUUGAUUUUUUUUUUUUGGUUUUCAGUAUUAAGUGAAAUAAUUAUUUCAGCUCCAAAAAAGAAUGAAUUUUCUGGCCAUAAUUUGUGGUUUCAGGCAUUUUUUUAUCCUGUAUCAUUUAUUGUGAGCAUUUCAUGUGGAAUAUGUAAAAAUAGGACUGCUUUCUUCAGCUGCUCUGCUGAACCUACCCUCUCUCCCUAGUUUCAGUAAAAAUAACUGUGUCCAAAUUGUUAGUCUUGUCCUUGCUUGUCUUGUUUGUUUUUGGAUGUUAUAAAAAGGCAUCAAAUGAAUUUCAAUCUAUUUCAUAAAUGUUAAAAACUCUUUAUUAAAGCUAUGACUGAAAUCAAAAUGAAGUAGACAUAGCUUCAAAAACAGACAUGGCUGUGAGAAAUUGCUUUGCAAUUUUGGAGGCUUGUGAGAAGAGCUCUGAAAUUGGGGUCAUAGGAGCCGCCAGCACAGAAUGAAAAAAAAAAAAAAGCCUCUAAUGGACACAGGCCCUAAAUGUUACUGUCACUUGACUCUGACGCUGAAUAGCAAGUUUUUUCUCCAUUGAAAAAAUCUUGAGAAAAAUACUGUUAAGGCUUCAAAGGCUUUUAAAUGAAAAAAACAAAACGAAGUGAGUAUGAACGAUUGCUACCUCGCCAAAUCAUGAGGCGAACUGUUCAAGUGUUAAAAAAUUCUUUUGGACAUUUUUUGGUGUCUUCUCAGAAACAUAUGCCAAACGCCUGGUCCAUACUAUAGUUCGAUCACUUUUAUAUCAUGACUGACAAAGAAAGUCUCAUUUGGAUUUAAUGUCGACGCUAGAAACUUGACAUAACCAGAUGAUAAAAAGUAGAUGACAUAAGCUGUUGUUGACUCAGUUGCAGACGGCUGCUGUGUAUAGGUUACAUGGGUAAAAGCUCAUGUACACGGUCUCUCCCUCUUUCUGCCUCUUUUACUUUCCUAACCCUAGUUGAGUGCUGCGAGUGUGUAAAGAUAAAGAGCUGUUAAGUGGAGCUGGUCUUUCUGCUGUCUGUUGAGUAAUGGCCGAGGAGCCCAUCGACCCGUCGGUGCCAUAAAGCAGAGAGCAGAAAAACAGACACAUUGGUCACAGCCAGCCAGACCUCUUCGUCUUCACGGCUCUGCAGUAAAAUUAAGUUGUUCUCCAUUAAUAUCGGGGCGAUGUCAACCUCUAUGUUAAAAAUCAGGUGUUCGCAGAUCAAUAACAUGAUGGAUACGACGCAUUUUGUUUGAUUUUAACAACAUUUACCAGGCAAUUAAGUCAAAGAAUGAUCAAUAUUUUCUUAACUAUGAAAAACUAUGCUUUGGCUCGUCAUACUAAGUGAUGAUCUGCAUUUUGAUGAAAGUCACUGCAUUAAAGAGUUGUCACAGCAUUUGAUAAAUUAAACAAAUACAAAAACUCUGUCCUCAUUGUGUUACUGAUACCAGACAUCUGUCUCUUACAAGAUAUCAACUAUUGAGGAGGAGGAGUCGGUUUGUUUUUCACUUAAAAUGUAGGAAUAUAGAAAAACUUAGAGAAAAAGACGCCCAGUGUGCAUUAUUAAAAGAGGUAAACUGUGAUUUUAAAAUGUUACAGCAUUUAUUCAAAAAUAAAAAAUCUAAUGGUUUACCUGACUUUCUGACUGUCUCCAUAUUGGUUUUAUCAGUCACCUGGUCAUAACAUGGUUCAACUGCUGAAUCCAGAAGCUUGGGACGUCUGCAAGUCACUAAAAAGUUCUUUGUGCCUUUACAAAGGAAACAAAAAUGAGGUCCAGCGGGGUCCGUGUAUUAUCCGUCCAUUCAAUUAUUCCAUUCAAUCUAGUGAACAAAAAAAACAAGUCAAUGUUUUGUUUAUUUGUUUUUCUGUAUGACCAAAAAAUAAAAAAUUAGUGUUUGUUUUCGUAUUUUCAGUUCAAAAAUAUGUGCAUGGAGGCUACAUUGGCCUUCCCAUGAUCCUCAGCGACAGUUACCAUGGAAGUUACCAUGAAAGAUGCGUCAGAGUGAUUCGAGCGCCAAAAUCUUACAUCGUAACCGAGCUCUGGUUGUAAUUUUUUCUACAGUCGUAUCUCCCUCCUUCAGCGUGACCCUCCUGGUGGCUUUGAAUAAUACAUAGGAUGCAUCCAACCCCAAUGGGGACAUCAACAACCUGAAAACGAAAAGUAGAUUCAUUAUUUUGUUUUUGUUUCCAUCUCUAUCAUAUAUUCUGUUUUGAACUGAAAAUACGAAAACAGACACUAAACUUUUAUUUUUUGGUUAUUUAGAAAAACAAAUAAAUAAAAUAUUGACUUGUUUUUUUCAUUUUUCGUUUACUAGAUUGAAUGGAAUAAUCAAAAUGAGAAAACGAAAACCAAUGAAUUACCAAAACAACAAGAUUUUUUAUUUUAUUUUACUAUGAUAUGGACUGAUGUUGUCCUGCUCCUCUCCUGCAGCUGGAUGAUAAUUUGUACAGCAUAUAGAAGAUAGAGCGCUCUAUAAUUCAAUCUGCUCCCAAUCUCUGUGGUACACCGUCUGAGCUCAUCUUUGCUCCAUCUAAUAUCUGUUGACAUUGUAUUUGGAAAAUAAAUAUUGCAAUGCUUUGAUGUAUAGCCUCUUAUACAUGUUGAUAUGAAGUGUAUGAAUCCUAAGUUCUUCAACAAGAGUUAAAUCUCUACACGACUGUAAUACAUAGUUUAUUUUGAAGUCGUGCCUGCGUCUCUUUUACUUUUUGGCACUUCUUUGCAACAUGUUCACGCUGAAAUGAAGCCAUUGUGUGUGCAGACAAAAGACUAAAGGACAUUGUGUCUCUCUGUAAAUGGGUACUGUCAGCCCACAGUCGGUAGUAUUCAUCCCACACAUUAUAACAGGAACCGCAGGAUAUCCAACAAGUGUGUGUCUGUGUUUUUCUCAGUGUGUGUUUGUGUAUGGAUGUGUGUAGGUGUGUGUGUGUGAGUCCGGCUCAUUGAGCACCAUGUUGUUAGCUGUAAUAGAGGUCUGUCUGUACACAUUGUGGCAGAAAAUGGACCUCAGCACUGCGGCUACAGGAAAUGUGAUUGUGUAAAUGUACACGGCCCUCCCACACUGUGUAGAAGAUCAUGAAUAUGAUCCGUGGGUGCAUUAAGACAGAUGAUGUUCUGCUUCAACAAUACAUUUAUGCUCCUCUGUAUAGUGUAACACAAAGGAUGCACACACUAUGUAACCAUUAACAGUGCUUUGUAGACUUUCAUUUGUCUUAUUUUCUGCAAACAUGAAGAAAAAAAUCUAAAUUUUUCCCAAAAUCAAACGAAAGAUAUGAGUCUGAGCACCUCGGAGAAAAGAAAGAUUCACUUUUGAGUCAUAAAAUGUGUUUCAGAUGUUUAACUCCAUCAUCUUUGUGUCUGUUUUGGUGUGCAGGAGCUGUGUGAAGACCCUCACCUGUUUGUAGAUGGCAUCAGUGCACACGACCUGCACCAGGGACAGCUGGGUAACUGCUGGUUUGUGGCGGCGUGCUCCAGCUUGGCCUCCAGAGAGUCUUUAUGGCAAAAAGUAAGUUUUUGCAUGUUUUGUCUGUGUCUACAUCUUCAUGACUUACUACUUGGUGAUGAAAGUAGUCACAGAUUGUGUCUCUAGCACUGUGCAGCUCAAUGAAAUGUUUUAUUUGGCACCACAUUUUUGGUGACACUAAUUUAUUUCAGCUCCAUCCAACUGCCAACAAGCUUGACUUUUUUUUAUCCAACUUGGAAACUGGAACUACCAGCCUGCAUGGCUCUGUCAUAAGUUUUAAAAACACAUUACUAGCAGCCAGUAGUAGCAGCUCCAAUUAAAUACUGACUCUUUUUCUGUCUCAUUAAAAUUUCACAACAGUUACCCUCCCUCACUGUUAUCAAUGCUACAGGCUGGAAAGGACAGAUGGCGCUUAGAGCUACACAACUGCAUGGAAACGGCACAUUGGCAAUAAAAAUAAUAAUGAUAAUAAAUAAAUGAAUAAAUAAAUGUAUAUUUAUACUUUUAUAGCAGUUACACUCUGCCAACAGUCUGUUGAAAAGCUUUUUAAAGAGUUAUCUUAACUCUGAAAUCAUCUUUAGUGUCCUUCUUUGUGAUAGCUUUUUGUAGACUGAGUACAACAAAUAUGAGAACUUGUAUUUCAAGAUCAGUAUCACAAAUAUCUUUUGGCAAGCUCGUUUCUGAUAAAUAAAAACAUUGAAACCAUAGACUGUUUACAGAACGGACGCCGUCUGCCUCCUCGCUGGGUAAAGCCACCGCGAGAACAGCACCCUCUGGUGACGGGCUGCAGUAUAGGUCAUAAAUCCCGCCUCCUCCAGCAAUCCUUAUGGAGCGGUGGACAAACUUUAGAAAUUUAUUACGCAGAACAUAAUUUUUUCUCCCCCCUGCUUGUGAUGUUGACAUGUAGUUAUUGAAAGACUGGUUUUUGCUCAAGUCCUCUUUUUUCUGUACGGCUCCAUUUUCAAAAGUUAUUAGGGGGUUCAUGUUUUCUAUGAUUGACAUUUGAUACAGCCUAUGGGCGUACGAAGAUUGCGUAGCUCACCCAGGGAUACGCAGUUUGAGCCGAGUGUCAUCACAGCGACUCUCCCGCCAAAUGCGCACAAUGCUACUGCUCAAUGCUGGUUUCAGAGAGAAAAUCCCGGAAAUACCGAGAGCUUUUUGGCUUCUAAUCCAUAUACUGGUGAAAGGCGGAACCAAGCUGUCCACAGUUUAUACAGUCUAUGAUUUAAGCCUCUAUAAUUAGCUUUUAUCAGUGUCAGUGCUACUCUGAGAUGUUCUUGGGCGUCCAUCUGCGCAGAGAGAGGAGUCAUUACUGAUGUUUAAUGAAAUUCGAAACGAGAUGCCUCGGCCUGUCGUAGAGAGAUGCUGGGUUGUGACAGUCAGCUCAGGGAGAGUGUGUACAUACAGUUUGGAUACUCUCUGUUUACUCUCUGUUUCUGAGCUCUGUUUCAUCUCACAGUACAAACACAAAGUCGUCACCGAACUGUGUUUCCAGUGAGCAGCAUGUUUACUACUUUAAGUCCCUCUUUAUUCUACAUUUACGGUGUUAGUGUUGUAUCUCGGAUUUUCAAGGCCUGACUGGACAUACAGUGUACCGUAUGUACAGCUGAGAUAAAGAAAUGUAUUCAAUAUCUAACAGUCAGUAAAAAGCUGUAUUCGCUCCCCCACUGUGAGAAACGUCCUCUGAAUCUGGGAGAACAGCAGACAGGAAGUUGUUAAAAUUCAUGCAAUAAACUCCGUCUGAUCUCUAGGUCAUCCUCUCUUUGUGUUGGAAGAGAGACAUUUGGAUUUUAGAUGUCAGCAGCACUUUAGUAUUUCUGAGUGCUGCUUCCUCUACCUGCUGUGAAGUGAUUUGACAUUUGGGGGAAUUUUCAUUCGCUGCUUUCUGAGUGAAAGUAAAAUAAAUAAACGGAUACCACAGCCGGAGUAGCUGGAAUCACCGUUUUUCCUCUUUAUUUGAAAACAGUGGAUCAGUUUCUGUCUGUGCUAGGAUGACCAGCAAAAGCCUCAUUUGGACCCCAUAAAUACAGAGUUUGUACCAAAAUCUAGAUUAGCAGACAUAUCAGCUUCGUAACUGCUGUUCUUGUUGUUGAAAUGACGCAGAAAUGUUCUUUGGUAUGUCUGAUUCUAGCAUUUUAGGCAUAUCUUCUAUUGCAAGAGAGAAAAGUGAAAAUACCUUCUUAACAAACUAAUUUGGUGGUGCAGUGAUCAGCUGUUUCUUCUCAUGUUUCAGGUGUGGAGUUUGCAUGUGCAGCGCUCUGGUCUAAAAACAUGUUGGUUAAUUCGUGGUGGUAAACUGUUUUUGGUUAUUUUACUCUGUGCAUAAGGAAUUGUGAUCGACUGGUGACCUGUCGAGGAUGAACUCCAGGGGUGGGUGAUAUGGCCAAAAUAUCAUAUUAUGAUUUUUUUUUUUUACAAUGGUCAUCAUCACGAUUUUAGACUGUGUUGCAGGUUUGUGGCCAGUACAACUAAACUAAUUUCCCAAAUUUAAAACUAUAGUCCACAGAAAAAAAGAUAGAUGGAAAAUUUGGCAAAAACUCUUUUUUGACGUGAUUUAAUCUGUUUGAUAUUUGACCAUCUGAAACAGAUGAUGAACAAGUAUGUUGACAUGGAUAAGACUUAAAGUUUACUCCGCAUCAGAAUUAGAAGUAGAAGUAACAGAAAAAGAAUGACAGUCGUUAUUAUUUUCAUUACGCCAUAUGUUGAUAUUUCUGUGGGUUUUUUUUUCCACUUCAACAUGCCUUGACUGCAAACUUAUUAAAAUCUUUCUUAGUCAUGUGAUGUUGUUGUGAUGUCUUGUAGCUGAUUUAUAAAGGUUAGGUCGUCCUACCUGAAGCAGCAGGACCACCACGCCCCCUGUUGUCCGACAGUGUCAGGACAGCAUCCCAGAUAUGUGACAGCAAGAAAGCCCCCUCAUUCAGAUUUACUGUUUGGGCUUCUUGUCCUGAACUCCACUGGCUCUAAAAUCCAGCACAGGUAUCUGUGGACGACCUUUGGCCUUUUUCAACCAAACCUCUGUAAAUCAGCUGACAGACAAUGUUACGACAUGACAUGAGUUCUCUGAGGAAGACUGAAGGAGAUUUGUAGUCCAAACGUGUCAGUGUAAAAAAAACAACAAAAGAAAAAAAACUGGUCUAAAUAUUAUAAUUAUUACAAUUAUUAUUAUUAUGAUGGUGAAGAUAAUGAUGAUGAUGAUGAUGAUGAUGAUGAUAAUGAUAUUGAUGAUGAUGAUGAUUAUUAUUAUUAAUAGUAGUAGUACUAUUAUUAUUAAGAUUAUGAUGAUGAUGCUUAUCAGUAUAAUUUUUUAUUUUUUUAAUACAAUUAUUAUUAUCAUUAUUGUUGUUAUUAUUAUUAUCAUUAUUAUUGUUAUUACGAUAAUCACUAUUAUUAUUGUUAUUAUUACAAUUGCGAUUAUUAUUAUUAUUAUUAUUUUGUCAUCAUUAUUGUUAUUACGAUUAUCACUAUUAUUGUCACUAUUAUAAUUAUUUUAUUAUUAUUGUUUUUAUUAUUAUUACGAUUAUUACUCUCGUUAUUAUUUUUUAUUAUUAUUAUUAGUUUUAUUAUUAUGUUGUUGUUGUUGUUGUUGAUGUUGUUGUGCUCUUGUUUUCAUCUUUGUUCUAAAAACAAAUAGCCUGAUAAACUUUAUCCAGUCGCAGAACUUUAGAGGAAUCUGGGGGGGAUUUGAGGCCUUAUCUAACAGUCCUGCAGGUCAGAUCUGGUUCCUUUUGGUUUGUGGUUUAAUCUGGACUAAAAUCACGUUUAGAGCUGGAGAAGUAAGACCUCUCUCUGAUAGCUGUUUGUUGGAUCCAAACAAUAGCGAGAGCCGAACUUUUAAAGCCAUCUUUGUGCAGAGAUUCAUCUGAUCUCAGCCUCCUGUUGGCCCACUCGCUUCAGUCCCUGAUAAAGCAAAACAAGCAAUGGUCCAAGUCUCUCAGGAGCAGACACGGUUCCCCAGUGAAACCUCAGUGCUGCUACAAACAGUUGAUUUUGUUCGUGUUAAUUACCUGCAAACCCCGACUGUGCCCUUAUUAAGUAAAUAACUUCUAACAUCCUUUAAUUAGUCGAUUCUCUCUGUGUUUAACAGUUACCAAAAGGAUAACCAGUGAGACGUUAUCCCACAAAACUGGCCAUUUGGUGCUUGUUUGUCAAAAGGUGACAGGCAGGGCUGAGGGAAAGGACACAUACCAAUGAGGACACUUGAUGAUCAUUUUUAUUUAUGCAUUCAAGGCUGCAGGCAAUAUCGAUUUAAUUGAGACUCCUGAGAACACGCAGCUCUCUGCUUUUUAUCAGAGAAAAUGGAGGCGCAGCCCGUUCAGGUGGUUGAGUUAGUUCCACACUUUGUACUGACGUGAAACGAGUCUAAUACCUCCUGACAUCUCAGUUAUUUUCCUUUCUCUCACACCUCAUCUGACACGCGUCGUCUCAUUCACAGUCACGGUUACUGUCCCCCCCUCCUCCUCCUCCUCCGCUGCAGCGUGAAACCUGCAGGAUGAGACUGGGAGAUGAAAUCCACAUGCCUCUCCUCUCUCUUGUUUGUCAGGGUCACCAUGCAAGACGGAGAUGGAUGAGGCAGCAGGAACCUGUUUCCCCUGACACUGGGGAGUCAAACACGCUCAGACACACACACAAGUACACACUGCCUGGAUCCAUUAUCUCAUGAGGGACUCAUUUCUACUAAACCCAUCAGGACGGCUGUUUGUCAGAGAGGAGGAGAAGGAAAAUAACACGGAAAUAAACCAGUCCACAACCAGAUUUUGGUUAAGAAAAUGAUCAUACACUUGUUUUCUUUCUGGAUUUAUUUGCACUAAGCUGUUAUCACCCAAAAUCAUAACAUACAAAGACACAAAAGCAGCUUUUAAAGUCAACAGGUUAAGUCAAAUUCAGCAUAUUUUUGAUGAGAUUUGUUACAAAUUUGGAAAAUGUAGUCCUUAUUUCACAGGCUGCUGUCCAGGGAUGUGAAAUCCUUUGUUUUCAUUGAUCCAAAAAAAUGCAAUGUAUACAUAAAAUAUUGUUUCUUUCUAAGCUAAAUCCACACAAACACAGGAGGGAGAGUUUGUAAAGAGGUAUUCUCCAUCUGCUUGAUUUUGAAGUCUCAGCUGUCCACAGUGAAGGUGAUGGAGCAGUCCACAGUCUCAGGGCUGCAGCCUUCUGCAAAAGUAAACAAGAAGUACAUCACCUUCCUCACCUGAGCCAGCUCUGCGAUCCUCUCGCCAAACUCGUGCGCGUCUGCCUCGUAGCACUGCACGGUCGCAUCUCUUGGGUCAGACUGCGUCCUCCAGAAAACCCCGGUGGGCUCCAGCAGCUGGCGCGUCAUCAGGUUGGUGAGGUCAGGUGUCCAGAGCUGAGAGGUAGCCGUGAUGGUGAGCCGUCCGGCCUGGGCCAGCUGCACCGACCAAUGCGAGAAGCAGAGGGACUGUUUGGAGAAGUCCAGCCUGUAGACGGCCUCGUUGGGCAGAAGAAGGCGUUCACCAUCCUGCCUCUUCUGUCCACGCUGCUGCAGGGUUUGAACUCGCAGGCGCAUCACCUCCGUCAGCUGGUCGUCCUGCCAGAAGGGGAUUAUCAAGUCUUCAGACAUGCUUCAAUUCCCUCUAAAAGAUACCAACUAAAGGCUGGAUUUCACCAACAGAUACGUCAAAGCGUCUUCUGUCCUCCUCCUUCAGACCUGUAACCCUCACUCUGUGCUCCUUCCUGCAUCAACAGUUGUACAGGAGGGCCGAGGUGCUAGGCAACAAGAUAUGACAUAUGCUACUCCGGCACUGGGUCUUCCCUCAGGGAGGUCCUCUGCGCUGUUUGUCGCACAUUUGUUUGUCUCUUUUGCUUGGUUACUGCUCCCGUACUCUAAUGCCUGACUUGGAGAGCUACACAUCCGACUUUUUAGGGGCUUUUAUGAGCAAAAAGGAUUAAAACUUCUCUGUUAAUGACAGGAAUCCUCAUUUCUGUGCGUGAUAAGUGAGAGGGAGAAGUAGUAAAUGUGGGGAAACCCUCUUUGUUUCCCGUGGCGUGCAUUUUGACAGACAGCAGGGGAAGCCGAGGUGUCUUCUGCUUGUGUUUCUGGUCAGUCGUCAGGUCACUUACCUCCCACAGUUCAGUUGCUGCAUAGCAACACUUGGCCCUGAUGAAAACUGAGAUAGAUGGAGCCUCUGCACUCUCACUGUCCACAGUGCAGCAGCAGCGGGGUGGAGUGCAGGAGAGAUUGCCUCCCAAAGGAUUGCAAAAUGACUCUGAGGUUUCUGUGGUGCAGUGCUUUGUUUUUUUUUUUUUUCCUCCCCCUUCUGUUGCUGCUCGUUUCUCCAGAAAGGCCAGAUUCUCUCCAUCAGCACAGUGUCACCUCCUGCAGAGAGCUUUGACAGGAACUGCUGUUCAGUUAGCGCACCUUGACAUCUCCAAGGACACCCCGCUGCAACACUGUCAGUUAAUUCACACGCUGUGUCGCUCACUGCAUCAUUUGCAGUUUUUAUUGCAUGCAGUAUUCAUAGCGGGGAAAAGUGUCACAGGUGUCUAUUCACAGGUCGCCUCGUGGUUGGGUGUUCUGUUAGGACACCGAGUCUCAGUGGGAAAGCUGCACAUCAUACAUUUUAAACAGCAAUCACAACAUGAACAGGCCGAAAAUGAAGCUGAUAAACCUGCGCUUCAGCGCUCAGGUAACAGCUGUCAGGGUUCAGCUGAAGAUGAAGAUCAGAAGACAUUUCUGAUCCUAAAGUAAAAAAUGUCAGACUUUCGAUUAAACAGGAUUUUUUUGCUUGAUAGUUGCUUUUUUUUUUUUUUUUUUUUCACAGUAAUUUUUUUUUUUUAUCAGACUGAAAACAAACUCUGGUGUGUCCUUGGAGUCUGAAAGUUAAAGAGUUAAUUUUUUUCAAUCCUCUAAGCACAAGUUAGUGAUGGAAAUGGAAAUGAUAUGAUACAUCUGUAACACCUGAAUACAGUCCGAUAAAUGAUAAAAUCUCCUCUUUUGGUUUAUCAGUUUUCAAAAACAUCUAAUGUAUCAAAUGAGAUAAAUAAAAAUAUUUGUUAAAUUUUAGGGACAUUUUGAUUUUUUUGGUUUUCAGUAGUUAGUAAAAUAUUCAUUUCAGCUCCAAACAAUUUUUAAUUUUCUGGCCAUAAUUUGUGGUUUUCGGCAUUAAAGGCCGAAAAUAUUUAGUUUUCAUUGAUCAUGAAAUAAUGUCUGCAGAGACUGCAGGUGUUACAGUAAAACAUACAGUAUUUCUUGAUAAGGUUACUGGUUAUAUUGGACUGGAAUGAGUAUGGGAUAAUGGCUAAUAAUAUUAAGUUGUUGUUUUUAUUGAUUACAAGCAUAAGGUGACCAUACGUCUUCUUUUACCCGCACAUGUACUCUUUUUGGGGGGCCUGUCCGGGCUGCCUGGCCUUGUCUUUGUCCUGUUCAUAAAAUCCUUCAAAUGUCUGCAGUUUUGUACGAGAGUUUUGAUUUUGUGUCACGUGGACUUACUGUGUUAGAAGCACAUAAACUCGACACUUGACCCGACCCGAAAAACUCUCAAAAUUAACUUUGUGCAACUCUGUGACUCCACCCCCGCUUUGACGUGUCCGUUUUUUGGAAGUCAGAAUAUGGUCACCCUAACAAACAGUUAUAAUGAAGAUACAGCAUAAGCAGUAUGUCUGCCAUCAGCUGACCUGUUCUGACCACUAUUACACAUUAAAAGCUUUAGCCUUUUUGUAAAAUUAGUAAUCAGGUAAAAAAGAAGGCGUAUUGAUUUCAACGCAAUUUUUGAGGUUUUAGCCGAUUACAAAACAGAUUGAUGAUCAUAAUUCAGCGCCUAAAAUUGCGAUCAUCUUGGUCACAUGAGCUCUUGAAAUGUAGUCUGUGGGACCCUAAAACUUAUUUUGGAGCAUUUGUGAGAGUGUAGCUUGGCUAGUUUGGGUUAGCCCGUCUUUAGAUUAGCUAAAUAACAUGGUAGAGCAGACCCUGGUGGUGGUUGUUCAUAGCUGAUCCAAGAGUUGAGAUUUCUUUUGACAAGGAUCACACAAAGGACAGAUACUGAGAUCACCAAGGUAGACCUGUAAUAAAAGCACUUUAGUAGCUUUAAAUAGCAUCUAAACAUAGUCCUUGUGAAAGAUUGGUUAGCUCCUCAUUAGAGACUCUGUUAUUUUUUUAUUGUACAGUAACUUUUGUGUUUUAUUUUCUUAAUUUUCCUUUUUCCAGUUUGUCCAUUAUGUCACUGUGUGUGUCCCUCUCUAGGUAAAUAUAACUGCAGCUCACAAAAUGGAGGCCAGUUGUCCGGGUUUCACUGGACCUCAGCUGAAACCCCCCCACACACACACACACUGCAGUCACACAGUUAUUACCCCUCACCCAUGUCCUAUUACAGCUGGAUUUAUGUCUGAGAGAACCAAGGUGAUAAAUUUGUCCCCUAAUCCCAAAUGCAUCAGCAGACAUGAGGGAACGCUGUCUCCAUCUGGCAGCCCACUCCACCUUGACGUUAUUUAUGCUCCGUGUACAACCGUCUGUUUGUUUCUUCUCUUCUUCCUCCACCCAUCCUCUUCUUCCUCCUCCUCCUCCACCUUUUCCAGGUCAUUCCAGACUGGAAGGAGCAAGAGUGGGACACAGAGAAGCCAGAAUCCUACGCUGGGAUUUUCCACUUCCGCUUCUGGCGCUUCGGUGAGUGGGUGGACGUGGUGAUUGACGACCGGCUACCGACGGUGGACAACCAGCUGGUCUACUGCCACUCCAACGACAGCAACGAGUUCUGGAGCGCUCUGGUGGAAAAGGCCUAUGCCAAGUAAGUAUCAGUGCCUUCAGAUAUAUAGACGAGGCUUCAGAGAAGAUAUACAAACUUCAUAAAAACUUCGAAGUGAACUUUUAAACUUUAAGAUCUGCCACAUAAGUGAAAAACUUUGGAAACAGCACACUUUCUCCAAACUUUUUCUUGUUCUGUCAGUGACUCUGUCCUUGCCUGAGUUCAUACAGGUCUCUCUUUAUAAUGGCUCAAAAAGUCCUGAAGUUGUCAAUACCUCUGACCAAGCUCUCCCCCUUCUGCAGGGUUUAUGGCUGCUAUGAGGCUCUGGAUGGGGGAAACACAGCCGAUGCUCUGGUGGACUUCACAGGGGGCGUUUCAGAGCCCGUGGACCUCCUCGAGGGUCAGAUGGCAACGGAUGAAGCGGCCCGAAACCAGCUGUUUGAAAGAGUCCUCAAAGUCCACAACAGAGACGGCCUUAUCAGCUGCUCUAUCAGGGUAAGACACAAAAUUCAACCACCUGUACGUGUCAGUUGGGGUUGGACAAAGUGAAGGAGCAGGUUUGAUGGUCUUGGUUUGUUGUGUAAGCAGACCGAAAAUGACACCACCUCAAGAUUAAAUACAGAGUUUUCAAAGAGGUCCUAUUACACUAAUCUUUGUUUAAUCACAACUGCAGAAUAAUCUUGUCGUAAUCCCCGGAUAUAUAUCUUAGUUUCUCUGCGUUGUUUGCAGACUAGGCCAAACGCUGAUGUCAGGCUCUGCUGUAUUAGAGCACAUGCCUGCCUCGCUCUCUUAAAUCUGUUAUAGUUUGUGACCCAUACUUCACUAAUGACUCAUGUGUAAACAGAGUCUAGUACGAGCUGCAUUUAGAUCUCAGCUGACACAACAGCUCCUAAGAAGUGAAGCCAAAACCUGGAGACGGGCUGUAGCAGUUUCAAUAAAGUUGAAACCACCAGCUGUGGUGACGACAACAAAAGAAAAAUAUCUGUUUGGUAAUUUAUCCUAAGUGCCCUUGACACUCUUGCAUAAUUUCAGUACCUGUGAAGGUUGUCUCAUCCACCAAAGCUCAUCUUUUUUGCUGCAGAGCUCCUCCAAUAAUUCUACAAUUUUCUGCCAUAAUUUUAAAAUCCAGGGAUGAAAACUCCCCCCGGUUGUCGCAGGUACACUCUAUGCCUGUGCUUUGCUGCAAAGGCAGCAGACAUCGAAAGUGCCAGAUCUCUCGGUUAAUUCGUUCUAAACUUCCAAAGCCUCCUCAGAGCAAUGCAGUGAUUUGUGUUUUCUACGUGAGGCGCACACAAAUGAAAAAGCAUGCUCAUUUUGAGUAUAGUGUGAAUGCUUUUUCCUCUAAAAGAUAGGCUUGGUGUUGUUAUAGGACCUUCUCACAUGCACUAACAUCAGAAUAAAGUUAAAUCUAAGUGAAAAAGGGUUCGAGAGAGUCGUUGAACCCGCUGAGUGCAUUGGGAGUCUGACAUUUCCCUGAAAUCAAAGCACUUUGAUGGGCGAGAUGAAAAAGUGAGAGCCUUCAGCAGAAUUUCAAUCGAUGUUGCAUGUACUUAAAACCUUCCUGAUCGUUCUGAGAUGAAAUGAUAAUGGAAAAGAUUUACCAUAAAUUAAAUGAAGAUACAGUACGAUGUCUGUGGCCUCUUAAAGGGUAACAUCAACAUGACUGGCAGAUGUUUCCUCAUCUGGAGUCUGAGCCCAGUUUCACAGAGAUGAAUAAGCCUCUGCAGAUAUUUUAGCUUUAGAUGAUAUCCAAAGAAGGGAUUGAGAUAUUUCAGGGGGAAGGUUUCCUAUCAUGUGUAUUGGUCAAUGUUGGGCAAGGAGUUAAAAGAUUUCAUCUGCAAGCUAACAUUUAUCCUCACUUACUGUAUGUCAAGAGAUUCAGUGAAUGAUAAUUUCUCAUUCUACGGUGGCUGAUGGGUUUGUUAGUUGGAUUUAUGCUGAUGCAUCUGCUCCACACGGAUCUAUAACUCCUCAGACUUUCUGUAAAAAAGUUACCAGAAUUUCUUUAACCAAAUUUAGUGAACUUUAAGGUUUUCUUGUCCCAUGAAUAUGUAAUUAAUAAAGCAGUCAAAAGAAAGAGCAGCUCCUUCACUGCCUUAAGAGCUGCCUAUGGUCUAUAGUUGUGAGUAGCUUACACAUCUGGGCAUCAUUAAUAUCGAACAAUAUAAACAGGUUUUUAGAGAAACAUAUGCUGAAUCCAGACAGUAGCCACGUUUAAAUUUGAGGACGGUAGGGGAAGGUCCCGCCCUCUUUCGCCUCUGAUUGGCUAGCAGUGCUUGUCUCCAAUUAGUUAUUUCUUAUGGCUGUGAAACGUCAUCGUCUGUCGGGUUAGGAUGAGGGUUAGGGUUAGAAGAUUCAGAAGUGCGAUAAUGUUCUGAAUGACGGUUCUUGCUUUUCUAGUCAAUCAGAGGCGAAGGAGGCGGGACCUUCUCUUACCAUUCUACAAAAAAAAAAAAUUGCUUACCGGAGGAGCAGACAUGGUACCUGCAGUUGUGUUUUAUGCCAGAGUGUUAAUAAUGAAACCUCCUGUACUGACCUCAAUAAAUAAACCAAAGGUUAAAGAGUGAAGAUCGAGUCAGGUAAGAGAGUCACGAUCGGAAUAAGUGUUUACAUGGAUGCGUUUCGGAAUAAUGAUCGGCAUAAACUACCCCUCUCGAUCAGAAUGCAGUUUCUUACCAAUUGAGCCGAUUUGGAUCAGAAUCUUCUGAUCGACAUGUUUACAUGACGCAUUUUUAUUCCAAUUAUUUGUGCCCAUGUAAACACAGCUAGUGAUUUAAAUUAGGGAUGGCAUUGCAAAGUCAAACCUCAUUCUGCGCGUAUUACAACAGCAAAGCUCCCAAAACUGGUCUCUUUGGUUUUAAAAUGUGAGUGAGGUGAUGCAGCACAUGGUAAACAUGUCCUCAGCCCUGUUUUAAGAAGUGUCUCUGGUAUCUGAUUUAUAUUUUGCAUGUAUAUUUUCUUAAUAAAACAGGACAUUUCAGUUUUAGCAGUUGAUCAGCACUUUUUUCUCUUGAAUGUAGCCUUGAAACUGUUUGUAAACCAGCAAAUUCUGCUUUAUCAGCAUUUGGAGCCCCACUCUUUGGACUCGAGGUUUUAAUUCAGUUCGAAACAAACAACCUCCAGUUUGAUGUGAACAGUCUUGUGCAAGUUUCCUGGAUGGUUUUCUCCAGACACCAAAGCUCUUCUGCAUGUCAUCUGUUAUUUCCUCCAAACAGUUUCUGCAUCUGAAUUGCAGAUCAUCUCCAAGGCGACCCCCCUAAAAACUGUAACAGCACCAAAUUAAAGUUUUAGGUUUCUCGUCAGCGUGUUUUUAAAAAGAGCUCAAUGAAUAAUGCUUAGAGGGGUUUGAGGCUGCACAGAGUUUCUUUGCUUUCAUUAACAAAACAAGUGUGAUUUAUUUUUCACUGCUAUGGCCUCUGGAUCCUCUUUCUCAUGCUGUGUGUCCCCUGAUGUCUUCUAUGAGCAACAACUACUUUACAACCCUUCAUUGUGAUUCAGGAUUAGCAGAAGUUCGGUUUUAGACAUGAUCCCGUUCUUUUAAAUGUGAAGGCGUUUAAAGUGAAGGUCCAUUUUCUCCCCGAAAGAGUAAUGAGAGCUUAGAAAUCCAGACAAUACCAAAGAAAAAUGUGUUUUCCAUCUUAAUAUUGGGCUUUUAUUACUUAAGCUUGUUUUUUCUGAAAUGUAGAUUACUAUUCUGCAGGCAUGAAUUCCCCAGAUUUCCCCUGGGAGGCCUUGGGCUGUUUGGCUGUUACUCCCUCAUUUCAGCUCCGUAUUUCUUAGACAGAAUAAGGACAAAAACAAGAGCAAGAAUUAACAGAAGAGAGAGCGUGGCAGUUAUCUUCGUCGUUAAAAAAGUGGUAUCUGACAAAUGUAUGAAAAACCAUCUCUUUAUUACUCAACAGAGUCACAAAUAUGUCAUGUCACCACAUUUGAGGAUCUGAAGUUUUCCUUUCUCAUUCGCUCAAAGAUCUAUCAUAGGAUGUUCGAACUCCCAAAGUCCUAUCAGCUUGAAAUGUUUGUAACCUCCCCAAUGAAUCUGUAGGUUUUAUAGACAUGGAUGGUAUGUGGCUCUAACAAAGUGAAGCCCAGACUUGGGUUUAAAAAGAGAGGGUGUCAAAUCCUGGUUGACAUUUAAAGGGAUAUUCUGGCGCGAAAUAUAUAUGCUCACAAAUAAUGCUCAGAACAGCACCUAACCCCAUCAACAGCACAUAUGUUGUCCAUCACCGACUGCAGCGGGGUGAAGGAAGCUCAAGAAACAACAUUUAUGAUCAUUACUUUAUCAUUUCCUUUAACUAAUGAUUAUAAUAAUGAUCAUUUUGCACUGUAGAUGCAGUAGUUCUUCUGCCUUAGCUUCUCGGUCUGAUUGUAUUUCCAUAAAGAAAUGAUCAUAAAUGUUCUUCCUUGAGCUGCGUCACCCCGCUGCAGUCAGUUUGGACUCAUCCAAGGUCUUGCUACAAACAAGCGGCUGCUGGAAGGGAGUAGGUGAGUUGUGUUUAGUCUCUUUGCUAAAGAAAUCAGGCAAAGUUAAAAAGAUAUUUGGUGGCUAGUGCUAUGACUUGGACCCUACAUGUCCUGUUGAUGAAGUUAGGUGCUGUUCUGAGCAUUAUUUGUGGCUAUAGAGUGGCGUUUUGGUUGAGCGCAUGGCUCCUGAGGCCGCUGUGUACUGCUAUCGUGCGGUCGUUGCUAAAGUUGGUAUAACUAGAGAAGCAAGCGGUCAGCAACAUUCAUCGGUGUUACGGUGUGUUUGACCCUCACUUCAUUUUACGCCGGAAUAUCCCUUUAACUUAAAAAAAAUGGAGAGUUAAAAAAUGAGGAAAAUAAUAAUUAAAAAAGGAAAAGAAUUAACAACUUCAGCUUUUUUUGGAGAAGAACAUCAAAUCAAAGCUGAAAAUGAUUAAAUCUAUAGAAUAUUGAUUAUUCAUUAUAAAGAGAAAAAGUCCAACAGUCCCCUUUUUUUAAUAUCUAACUUAAAUACGCACUAAAAAGACUCAUUAGUCUGUACAUAAUCACCCUCCAUUUCAUUAUGAUUAUUUGUGUGCGUGUAUUUGUCGAUUUAUGACCAUUUUUGGCUGAAGUACAUCAUAUUUAUUUAACAGUGGCUUUUCUAGAUGUUCUUCAGAAACAGAAAACACCUGAUGAAUAUGAAAAAACUCACAAGUGCUGAUGCCAUCGCUCAGGGUGCUUUCUAUGUUGCGGUAUAAGACUCAACCUGGAGAUCAUGACGCCACCCUGACUCCCAUCAGAGAGUGUUUGAUGAGUACUGGACUCACUUUGGGGGUCUGUCUGCCUUCCCUGAGUUUAUAUUCCACAGAUUCAUGUUUCAGAAAUCCUCUGAGCCUUACAUCUAUUCGUCCUUCCCGUGUGUUCAAUUGACCGUGUGCCAUUUUAAUCAGACUCUGGGUUGUUGUUGUUGGAUAAUAAUGUCUCAUAUUGGCUGUGUAAUCCGUCACAAAAACAGCCAAGUGGACUGAACACAUAAUUACUGGAUCGAAGAACCAAUUUUCUGAUAAAGCUGCCCAAAGAUUCUACUCCUUUGUCCUUUUUUACCGUCCAAAUGUUUUGAUGAAAAAAUGGUGCAUUGCCCGAAUAUGAAAGUGUUACAUCAUUAUUUGUUCAAUAACACGCGCUCACUAAAAUUGUUUCAUUUCCCAGGUUUCCCAGGAAACAAGCAGUAAAAGAAAAAAAACCUCCCCUCAGUGUUCUUUCAGGAGGUCCUGAAACUUGACAAUAAUAAGAUUCAGGGAUGGUUUGAUGACGUACAAAGCCCUGAAACAAGACGAGCCAUGAAAUAAUUACUAAAACAUGCAAGAUAAUGAGUCUGCAAGACACUGUUUCUAUAUUUCUAUGUAUCAAUUUAGUCGUGGGUUGCAAGUUCACAUUUUUAAGCCAACAAUUUGACAAUAAACUCUGUGUAAGCAAUUCAGUAGAGUCUGUCAUUCGUCCUCAUGUAGCGUGAACAAUACCUCCUUUUGCUGCACAUUUCAGAAAACACACAUUUGCCAAAUUUGAGGGAUAGGAUAAUCUGAAUUUACUGUUUAUAUGGGUGCAAAAUCAAAUGUUCUGAUCAUGACGUGCGUAUACAUGCGCCAAUUUUAAUUCAGAUUAGAAGCAUUUGGACAUGCGCAGAGUUGUCUGAUUUCGCUAAAACAACGGCAAUAGAACAGUCGUAUUCACGCCUGUGCUGUCAACCAACAAACAAACGUGGUAGUCGCUCACUUGAUCCAAUUCAGGAGUUUUCCGCCUGUUAAAUGUUGUCACUAGAUGGCGCCCUGUGUACUUUUUUUACUGUUCUGUCAAAGGUUGCACUGUGCGUGCAGAUGUGAUAUAAUUACGCUAUAUGUACGUCUUUUUAUGUUACCAGAGGUGAAUUUUUUUCUUGUAGGACGGUCGGGGAAGGUCCCGCCCUAUUUCGCCUCUGAUUGGCUAGCAGUGCUUGUCUCCAAUUAGUUAUUCCUUAUGGCUGUGAAACGUCAUCGUCUGUCGGGUUAGGAUCAGUGUUAGGGUUAGGAGAUUAAGAAGUGCGAUAAUAUUCUGUAAUGUUCUGUUCGAUGUACAGAGCCGACAGCCCGCACUCGGCUUGAGCGUGUGAUGACGUUUCAAGCUUUUCUAGCCAAUCAGAGGCGAAGGAGGCGGGACCUUCCCCGACCAGCCUACGGGAAAAAAAAUUGCUUAUCAAAGGGGCAGACACGGUAGAGUGUUAAUUAUGAAACCUCCUGAACUGACCUCAAUAAAUAAACCAAAGGCUAAAGAGUGAAGAUCGAGUCAGGUUAGAGAGUCAGGAUCAGAAUAAGUGUUUACACGGACGCGUUUCGGAAUAACGAUCAGCAUAAACCACCCCUCUCGAUCGGAAUAAAAUUUCUUUCCGAUUGAGCCGAAUUGGAUCAGAAUCCUCCAAUCAACGUUUAUUCCGAUUAUUUGUUUUCAUGUUAUGCAGCUACUAGGAUCGAGGCAUAGCUGAUAAACUUUCCUUUAUACUGUUUUCCAGGCGACCACAAUCGAGGACAUGGAGGCCCGGCUGGACUGCGGUCUGGUCAAAGGUCACGCCUACGCUGUGACGGAUGUGAAGAAAGUUCGGCUCGGGCACGGACUGCUGGCCUUCUUCAAGUCGGAGAAGCUGCACAUGAUACGUAUGAGGAACCCCUGGGGAGAGAAGGAGUGGAGCGGCCCCUGGAGCGACAGGUAACCAUGACACUGCCCCCCGCAGACACGGAGGAACCCCUGCAGCUGUUUGUCUCACCUUGACUCUUUGACCCGUCUUUUUACUCAUCUGUCUGUCUGUGUUGUGCUCAGUGAGUCAGACGUGAAGCAUUUCCAGAGCAGCAGGGACCAUUGUUUUCUUUUUUCUUUUCUUCGAUGACCUGAUGCGACCUGAACCAAUUUAACUAAUCUCUCUGAUCUGAUUUGUAAAAUGACAAAGCGCACAUUUCCCCUUCGCUCUCAGUGUUUCCAGGAGAGUGCAUGUGAUGAAUGAGCAAACAACCGAAACCAGUGAAUGAAAACACAGCCAAUUUAUAGCGGGCACAAGGUAGACGAGAAGGAUGUUCAAUGGGAACUGUCAUGUAGGCAAUGAAAAAUAGAGAAGCAAUCAAGCUAAUGGGUCUCAGGGCAAAGAAGAAUGACUUAAUUUCGCCAUGUUGGAGGGUUUGUUUUCUGAGCAGUUAAGUGCAGCUCAGAUAUUGCUUCGAAGGAUCCCGCCUUGAAACCUUCAAUUUAAACAUCUAAGUGAAUCAAAAUGACUGGUUUGCACAAGAGGCCAUUAAGAUCCGCAGCGGCGCGAACGACUGUUUCAUCCCAGCUUUAUUUUCCGCCUUUUUGCUACUCGACACUUCUUAUGGGAGCAGGUGAGGCCGAGAUAAAACCCGCUCCGUCGACGUCUCUCCCCGCUCUUUGAACGGUUUGCUGCCAGACUCGGUGAAACAAACAGGGAGGUUGUAAAGCCGGAUCAUGAUGGAGUCUGAAUUAUUGAUAUGCUCAAGAAGGAGGGAAAAAAAAAAAGAUUGUUAAAGAGACAUGACUCCACGCUCAUCUUUCUCAAUCACUCACUCGCCCUUCCCUGAAUAAUUUAUUCACGCUUUGAUAGAACCUGUUACAGUAAAUGCAGCCUGACACGCUGUCGAGAUGUGGACGUUUGUCUGUGAAUCAUCAGCAGGGAGACAUAAACACUUGAGCUAAUGCAUCCAGGAAGUAUCUGUGAAUCCCCUUGAGCAGUAAACACUGAAUGGACCUUGAUGUUAAGGUAUGAUUCAGAGCGAUAACUACGGUACACAUCUGACUCUUCAGAUUAUAGUGCCCAUGAGGGAUAGACACAUGCAUUAUUUAUUUAUCAGAGUUUAAUACAGUCGCUGAGUUUUAAAUCUUCAAUUAUCAAGAGAUUCACAGCUUUAUAAACCUCGUUAAUACACCUACCUCAUUUCAAAACUUUCACAGAUGUGUUUUUGCUCCUCCAUCUUGUUCUGAGCUGCAGGGUCAGCUUAAACUGGAUUAUUUUAUUAGCUUAAAAGGUUUUAAACCACAAUGAAGGAUCGUUUGGCCAGCGUACGCUCAUGUUACGCUGCUGCAAACUGUCUGCUGAUCUGUAGUUAUUUCUUGUGUGACAGUUAUUGCUCUUGUGUUAGCCCCUGUUUUUGUGGUGGAGAUUUACUUUUUAGGCAUUUUGUCCUCGUUUUAGAGGACAGGAGACUACAGGAGACAGGGAGGGAGAACAAUAUGGGGGUAAGGGGCCAUAGGCUGGAAUCAAACCCAGACCACCUGUGUGAGGAUUACAACCUCCAUACCUCUCACAUGCAUGGUGCCCGAAGGAGAUUUUGUGUCUUAAAGAUUAUUUUCCUGCAAAAAACAAACAACAAAAUAAUGGUUGAAUAAGAAAAAUGGAAUUAUGUACACUCUCUAAGAAUCUGCAUAACUUAUAUCCCAAUUCGGACUGUCAUUUUUUCACCUUAUAAUUAUUGUGGAAAUAAAAUAUCCUGAUGAUGAUGAUGAUGAUGAUGAUGAUGAUGAUGAUGAUGAUGAUGAUGAUGAUGAUGAUGAAAGGCAAACAACAAGAUAAAGUGAGAUAAGAAUGGAGCAACACAUUAUUUCAUAAACUUCAGUGAACUCGUCUGUAAUCAUCCAUUUCUAAUGUUCAGAUUUAUGAUUUAUUAACAUCACCGUCCAUGUGACUGAAACUUUUUUUGGAGAAGACAUUUCCCCAUGAAACAAUUGUUUGCCAUGCUUUUAUUUGAUAUCUGUUUCAUAUUAAAAUUAGGCUUUUCAGUUGAUUAGAUGAGGAUCGCUGAAGCAAACAGAAGAAAAAGCACACUCUCGCUGUGUGUACUGUUUAUAGGUAAUUAUAAAAGAGUUAACUUAGAGCUAAACAAAAAAAGAAAAAGUUCUGUACUAGAAAGAGGAAAAACAAGGGGUGCACAGAUGACUGAGCGGGUUAGCACGUCCCAUGUAUGGGGACCACAGCGGUCGUAGGUUCGAGUCUGGCCCUAACCAUGUGCUACAUGUCCUCCCCCCUUCUCUCUCUAUCUCCCCACAUUUCAGCCUGUCCUAUCAAUAAAAGGCAAAUAUUGACCAAAAAAUACUUUAAAGUGGGAAAAACAAAAAAUUAAUAGAAAAGAAACAUUUGGACGUGUUAUUUCACAUUAUUUGAGUUAUUAUACUUGAGAAAAAUGAAUGUGUUUACAGUUAUAAUAGAUAUAUAGUCUGUGUAUAUUGCACUCAAGGGUAUGACCAAGUUAUUGUCUGUCAGUUAUGCUAAAACCUGGACUGAUGGGAGCAGGCCCGGUGAAACAGUCUGACUGAUGGGGUCAGACUGUUUAACCGGGCCUGCUCCCAUCAGUCCAGGUCAGACAGUCAGUCAUCAUCAGUACCCGUAUACUGCAGCAGCACUAAUCUUGAGUUAAGUUGGAUAACCUGGCAUUGCAAAGAGUUUUUACCAAGAUAAAGUUUAUUACCCAGCUUUAAGCAGUUAGCUUAAUGGUAGUGUUGAGACUGCUCCUAGCCGAAGUGGUUCACAAACCAAGUGUCCUCGGGCAUGACACUGAACUCCAACUUGUACCAAAGUGGCCGAGCCAGCGUAGUGUGAGUUUAGGUGAGUAGAGGCACUUAAAAAGGCGGCUUUUGUGAUCUGUGAUUGAAUGUGAACAUGUUGUUGGGUGAAAGGGACAUGUAAUUUACAAAAAAGGGACGUUGAGUGAUCCGAGGUUCAGAAUAAAUGAGUACAAAACCAUCAGGGUAAAAUCUGAUGGCAUUCUUAAUCUGGUCAAAUUCUCACAACAAAGUUUUAGAGAGCGUGCCAAACAUCAUCUUCGUGUUUCUCUUCCUCAUCCUUCGAGUGUCUGUAAUUCAAAUGGAUAGAUGUUGUUUAUCUUUUCUUUAACCUUUGUGUUUGCUCUCCUGUUUUCUGUUCACACAGUUCAGAGGAGUGGAACAAGGUGAGCAAGAGCGAGAGAGAAAAGCUCGGUGUCACUGUUCAGGACGACGGCGAGUUCUGGUAAGACGCUUAUAUACGUAUCCUUAGACCUGAUUGGUCACGAUUGCUGACACUGACAGAGCGUGUGGACAUGAUAUUGAAGUGAUGAAGUUAUACUGUUUCAGCUGAUCUGAAGCUGUGAUAUUUUAGCUGAUUUUCUUUGACAAACCAGACUCACUAUUUCCACAUUUCAGCACCAGAACUUUUAGUCCCUCUUUAACAUGUGGUCCUCUUUUUUGUUCCUGAUCUCAUUUCCUUUAUUUUUGCACCUGUUGAAGGUUCUUCUUCUUCUUUCGAGCUUUUCCCUCUAGUCGGUAUCCACUCUCUCCGGUCUCUUCUCUCCUCUCCUUUUCCUGCCUGCUGCAGGAUGACGUUCGACGACUUCUGCCAGUACUUCACAGACCUGAUCCUGUGCCGCCUAAUCAACACCUCCUACCUGAGCAUCCACAAAACCUGGGAGGAGGAGGUGAUGAGGGGAUCCUGGGUCCACCGCCAGGACCCCCUUCGCAACCGGGCCGGAGGCUGCAUCAAUCACAAGGCCACCUUUCUGCAGAACCCUCAGGUGAGCGGGGAUGAGUUCGUGCAUUUUGAAAGGUAUUUGUUGAUCUUGUUGUUGGACAGCAGCUUAUCUUACAAAACACUGGUGAUUGGAAAAUAAUCAAACUCAGAGAAGAAACAUCAGAGUCUUUAAAGCAGAUUUUGUUUUGCUUUUUCUCUCUGUCAGUACGUGUUUGACGUGAAGAAGGUGGAGGACGAGGUGCUGAUCUGUCUACAGCAAAAAGAGAAGAGAGCCACACCUAAAGAAGGCAAAGGGGAAAACCUCGCCAUAGGCUUCGACAUUCAUCGGGUACAAACACACGUUCACGCACAAACACCAAGAAGCCUCCACUAAACUUCAACAGCAAACAAGAAGCUCAUUUCAUUCUUUAUUCAUCCUGCAGGUGGAGCUGAAUCGAAAGUACCGUAUGCACUCAGCCCAGCAGAAAGUAGCGGGCUCAAUCUACAUCAACUCACGCUGCGUCUUCCUCAGGAAGGAGCUGAAGGAGGGCCGCUAUGUCAUCAUUCCCACAACCUUUGACCCCGGGCAGCAGGGCGACUUCCUGCUCCGAGUCUUUACUGAUGUGCCUUCAGACUGCAAGUAAAUCUGAUUUCUUCACAGCUCAACAUGUACUGUGGACUUUCACACUUUCUGGGCUUCAUCAUUCACAGGCAGUUGUCUAAAUUGUUCAGCUGAUAAAUAUAUAAUUGCAACAACCUCAGAGCCUCGAACCCCCGCUUAAAUUUCUGUCACCCUCCAAAGAGGGCCUGGACUACAGGAUGGGAGUCACUGCCUUAGACCAGCUAAACCCUGGAGUAAAAUCUGAAGUCAGUGGUGAAGUAUAUCCUGAUAUUUAGGUGGCGCAUUAAUGAGACAGAAGGAUGUAUUCCUUCAGCAGCAUCACAUUUAUGAUAGCUGUUUUAUUGAAAUGUAGAUUUUUAAAAGGGCUGAGGGCCGAGAGACUUUUUGGCGUUCACUUUAGGACACACAUUUUAGGUUGUGACAAACAGGCCAUUUGAACUGCUGAUCAAGUGUUGGCAUCAAACAACUCAACCAGGGUCUGUGGCAGUCUGAUAAGAUUGUAAUAUCUUAUUUUCUCUCAAAAUGUUGUAUUAGAGCACUAAAACAUGCAGAGUAAAAUUUAGAGCUAACUAUCCGAUGUCUACUUGUUUUGUUGGUUGGUUAAUUGUUUUAAAUUGAAGCGUUUAGCAUUGAAACAGUAAUUAAGAUGUAGUAUUAAGUAUGUCGUAUUAAGGACAGCAAAAUGCAUCUAAAUUAAUGACAGUUGAAAUUGUUAAAAAAAGCCACAGCCCUGUUUUGCGGUUGCUGGCUGCACUACAUAUGACUGUUAUUUCAUCUAACUAGACAGAGUGAUGGUGUUAAAUCAACCAUAUGUGCACAAUCCUAAAUGCAUACAGCAGCUAAACUCCCAAAUACUCCAUAUUUGUGCACCCUUUAAAAGUUGCACUUUACAGUUCAAUUAAUUCCAAGAUAAGACUUUGCAAGGCUGUCUAAGAAAUAAUGGGGAAAUCACCAGAAAUCGGGAGAUGGAAUCAGUCGACUGUUGUCAGAUAAUGGACUCCAGAAAAGAGACAGACUCCACUUUGGCGUCUUGAGCAGUCCUCUAACAGCAGCACACACUGUUUGUUCCCCCAGAGAGCUGUCUCUGGAUGAGCCUCCUCAGACGUGCUGGACGGGGAUGUGUGGCUACCCUCAGCUGGUCACUCAGGUCCAUGUACUGAACGCCGAGGGUCUGCAGGGACAGGACUCCAAUGGAGGUAAGACCUCAACACACAGUGGAUAAGAGCCGUAUCCUGACUUGAUGAGCAUGUCUUUGUUUCAUAAAGGUUAUGAAAUCCUGCAAACACCCACUGAGCUUCACUGCCUCACUAAGAAAAAACACCCGACCAAAGCAGAAGGUACUGUUGCAGAGGAUGUAGCCAUUUGCUUAGUUUAAGUCUCUAGUUUACAAUCCUUACCCUUCUGUAGUCUCUAGUGUGUACAACUUCUAGUCAACUCACCCUUAAAGGGAUAUUCUGGCAUAAAAUUAAUUUAGGGUCAAACACACCCUGACACCAAGUUCGACUCCUCCUUGAGGGAUGAAGGUUGCCGACCGCUUGCUUCUCUUGUAAUACCAACUUUAGUAACGAUCACACGAUCACACGAUCACACGAUCACACGAUCACACAGCAGUCACAGCGGUCUGAGGAGCCAAAAACAAACGACUCAAUAGCUACGAAUAAUGCUCAGAACAGCACCUAACUUCACCAAGUUGCCUGAUUUCUUUAGCAAAGAGACUAAACAGAACUCACCUACUCUCUUCCAGCAGCCGCUCGUUUGUAGCGAGACCUCAGGCCAGUCCAUUACGGACUACAGCGGGGUGAUGCAGCUCAAGGAAGAACAUUGAUGAUCAUUUCUUCAUGGAAAUGCAAUCAGACCGAGACGCUAAGGCAGAAGAACUACCGAGUCUGCAGUGCAAAAUGAUCAAUAUGGUGAUUAUUACUUCAAGGAAAUGAUCAUAAAUGUUCUUCCUUGAGCUGUGUCACCCCGCAGCAGUCCGUAAUGGACUCGCCUGAGGUGUGUUUGACCCUAAAUUAAUUUUACGCCAGAAUAUCCCUUUAAAGCUCAAAUGUGUGGAUGUAGUGCUGUAGCUCUCGACUUUACUGAUUCGAUCACUUAAGAAGACAAUGCUGUUAAGAAUCUGUGCAGUCCUCACAGAGAGCCUUGUUUCAAGUUUCACAGAGUCCACAGGGGGGCACCAAAGCCAGAAAUAUCUGCAUGGUACACAGGACAGAGCUCUUAAUUGGAGCUGCUGAUUAUGACCUUAGAUGAUAAUUGGAGCGUCUGCAGUCAAAAUACAGAGACAGUUUUAGCAGUGAGAGAAACACAUCAUACUUUAUGAGUUCACAGGGUUAUAAAUUCUGGGGCAUCAACAUGCAAGCAGCAUUUCUCUUUUUUAGCUGUGCUUCAGUUUAUCCAGCAAUCCCAAACUUCCUAAAUGGUCUUUAGAUCAAUAUUAGAGUCUGUGGGUUUAUAAUGGGAGAGGCAAAUAAACAAUAACAAAACAUAGAUUGAUGAAGUUGAGACUGUAGAUUGUGAUAUUUACUCAGAUUCCCCUUGUACCUCAGUUUUGCUCCUGAUUCAAUAUCGGCAAACAUUAACCCGCUAGUUGCAUAUUAAUGAAAGUGUUUUUUUCCUGCACAGAUUUAAAAAAACGCUUUCCUCCCUCAGCUGUAGAUCCAUACGUCAUCAUCACCUGUGAAGGAGAGAGGGUUCGUUCUCCAGUUCAAAAGGACACACGGUGCCCAAGCUUCGAUAUCAAAGGCCUGUUCUACCGCAAGAAACCCAAGGAGGGCAUCCACAUCGAGGUGAGCUGUCACUCACUGCAGACGUACCACUUUGGGAGGACGUACACUGAGAACUGUUGGAAACACACAGUCAUGAUGAAUGUAGACUCAGAGUGGAGCUCAGAUCCUUUAAAUAGCAGUUUUCAGACAUCAAAAGGUAGUGAUUUCUCACCUGCCUGAACCCCUUUUUAACAUCCCUCUGUGUGUUUGAGUCAAUCACAUGACAGAGGAAACAAUGAGUAAAUUGUUAUCCUCCAUUACAGAUCUAUUUCACACUCAAUAUCAGGCAUUGGUGCUCGCCGAACAACAUGUUAGUGAAUCAGUGCUGGUAAUGUGAUGUUGCAUUGUCUGAUUCAUUCCUGUGAAAUUACCACUUGUGUCCACUGAAAGGAGAGUAACACAAAUGUUAAUUAUAAAUGUUAUUGACUCAUACUGGGAGAAAAAUGUGAUCCUUCAUCUCCCCAAGAUGUAAAAUCUGAACACCUCCCUGUGCAACACGAAUAAUUAGUUUUGUAAAAUAUCAAUAUACUCAAGUAUGCAAACAAUUGACCUGGACCUAUUUUAUAACAACAGAUAUUAUCCAUCUACACACUGAGAUGUAUUUCUUAAAGCUCCCGGUUAUAAAACAGACUGAUAAUUAUUCUGAUACUUGUUUAAGAGCUACAAAAAUAAGCAACAAGAUUAAUUAUCUUUGUGAUUUUAAGUUUUAAUGCCAAGACUAGAGGGACAUUUUCAACAAGCAAGCCAAAGAAACCACAUUGUUACAUGUCUUUAUACUGUAAGUAUGAUUAAUAAGUGGUUCAGAUAACUUUCAAAUUAAAAAAAAAAAAAAAGAUUUUUAUUUUUUUUGGUCAGAAAACACAAAACUACUCAUGUACAGAACAAUCAGAGAAUUGCUAAAAAUACAGCUACACUAUGGGUGAUCAACACCAACUCAUUUGGCUAUACGCUAGAAAAAAUUUCAGCUUGAACCUUUCAUAUAUGUGUAAAUAAUUUGCCACAAUGCGUCUCCAGAACUCAUUGACAGUCAUGCAGAGAUGAUUUAGCUUGAAAUGAAUGUCUGUAAACAAAAACUUGAAUGACAAACUCUCGAUAUACCGGUAGAUCUACGUCCACGAGCUGUAGGUAGUGACCGAAAGAACAAUAUCGUGGGUACAAGCGGUUCUUCUUCUCAGGGUGGCUUGGCUCCUCCUUAGAGAUAGGGGGAGUAGCUUGGUCAUCAGGGGGAGCUCAGAGUAGCGCCGCUGGAAAGGUGUGAGAUAAGGUGGCUUGGACGUCAAAUCAGGAUGCCUUCCAGACACCACGUCCCACCAGUAGGAGACUACAGGGAAGACCCAGGACACACUGAAGAGACUGUGUCUCUCAGCUGGCCUGGGAACACCUUGGGGUCCCCCAGGAAGAGCUGGACGAAGUGGCCUUAGAGAGAGAAGUCAAGGGCCACUUGCCUAGGCUGCUGCCCCUGUCUAACCGGAUAAGCAGCCGAAGAUGGAUGGAUGCACAAUGGACUUGUUUUAUAGUCCUGUCUUUUCUAUUUUUGUUACUUUUUAUUCUAUAAAUCAAAAAUUAAAGCUCACAUAAGCUAGGGUGACCAUAUUCUGACUUUCCAAAAAGAGAACUCGACUACGCGGGGGCAGAGUCAAGGAGUCGCACAAAGUUUAUUCUGAUAGUUUUUCAGGUCGGAUCGAGUGUAUUUUACGCGCUUCUAACUCAGCAAGUCCACGUGACACAAACUCGAAACUUCAAAACCACGGACAUUUGAAGGAUUUUAUAAACUUCUCCGGACAAAGCCAGACAAGCCCGGACAGCCUCCAAAAAAGAGGACACGUCCGGGUAAAAGAGGAUGUAUGAUCACCCUAAUAUAAGCUCCUCUUUGAGUUCUGUAAGUUGGGUUUAUCCUUCGUCCUUUACUUCCUUUCUGACCAUCAGCACUUUAUCUUUUCUUCCACUCAGUCAGUCUGUCACCUUUACCUGGUUUACCUCCAUCCCCCCUGUGUGUUUUCACCUCCGCUCUCUCUCUCUCUUUCUUUGCUUACUUACCGCUUCCUCUCUCUCUCUUCUCUUUCUGUGUUUACUCUCUCCGGACCUUCUGCCUUCGUCCCCACGGGCCACAAACAGAUCUACAACAAGAACAUGAUCGUGGACACCUUCCUGGGUCAGGUCAUCCUGUUCAGCGACCCCAACGAGCGGCAGGAGCAGCACACGCUUCACCUCCGCGACAAGGGCAGCCGCCAGGACAACGACCUGCCGGGCACGCUCACUGUGCGCCUCAUCACCUCCACCACGCUCACCAACAUCUGA